GCUGUGUCGGUGGAGCCUGUGGAAGAAUCCCCCCAUGGAGACCUUCUAGACCUCCCCUGGCAGACAGAGCUCUGCUGUGCCUCACGCCCAGCCCAACUUCACCAGGGAGUAGAGGGAGCGGACAGGUGGCCUGCGGGGUCCAGGGCAGCACCAUCUGUUCCGGGACACCCACACACCCCUCAGUGCCUCUUCAGGAACUUCACAAGCACACUAGGACCUCACCCGGAGACUGAGCCCAGCAGAGGUAAGCAUCCUGCUCUGUUUUACUGACAUGACAUCACAGGAAGCUGCUGAGGGCCGGAACGGAGCAAAUGGAAUGGCAUCAAACACCUGGAAACCAUGUGUUUGAUGUAUUUGAUACCACUCCACUGUAGCUCAAUUGAUAGAGCAUGGCGCUUGUAACGCCAGGGUAGUGGGUUUGAUCCCCGGGACCACCAAUACGUAAAGAUUUAUGCGCACAUGACUGUAAGUCACAUUGGAUAAAAGCGUCUGCUAAAUGGCAUAUUAUUAUAAUUAUUACGCUCCAGUCAUUACCAUGAGCCCAUUCUCCCCAAUUAAGGUGCCACCAACCUCCUGUGCAUGACAUUUACUGGGUGAGAGUUCUGUCUUACUACUGCCCUGGGACCGUAUUCACAAAGCAUCAUAUAGUAGAGUGCUGACCUAGGAUCAAAUACCUUUUAAAUCAUAAUGAAUAAGAGUAAGGAAUUGAUCCUAGAUUAGCACUCCUAUACUGAGACAGUUUGUAUAUACUGGCCUUGGACAGCUGGAUGAAUGUGUUUUUCAUUUCAUUUCUCUGAAUGGUGCGUAAUAAAACAGCCUGUGACCACUAACUGCACUGAAGAAGAGAACAUUGAGGCUCAUUCAGUUGAAUAGGGGCCAAUUAACUGGAGUGAUAUGAUGGCCUCUGUGCACUUGAGUGUGGUGUUUUUCUCUGUCUGGAGGUGGUGGUGGAAGUGGGAGGUGGUAACACAAGCUAAAGCUGUGUGUGGAUGUAUGCAUCCGUGCCUGUGUGUGCAUCCGUGCAUGUGUGUGUUUUUAACAACAGGAAGUAAUGGCUCAUGGCGAAGGAUUUAUUCAUGAGAUCGAAAGCGAGGUGGUAGCCUCUGACGCGUGCUAAUGCUAAUCCAUAGUCAUUAGAUGAGGCUACCCACCGCCUGUGGCUCUGUGGCAUUUAGAGAGGGGAUGUUUUGAAAACGGUCUCAUGAAUCGUUGACAAUAACUGUGCAGAGGUAAAAUGGUGUCAGUGGGUGUUACAUUUUUCUCUACAAUGACGAGCUGAAUCAGCUCAGGAAGACCUGAGGUCCUAAGUGUGAGGAAGAGGGGGUGAAUGGAUGGAUUGUUAGAUGACGUUGGCCAGAUUCUAGGGCUUAUUUUUUCAGAAUAUGUUCCAGGGCUUGCUAUGACUGUCCUAACUGGGUGUGGGUUUAUUCAACUAGGUGGGUUUGUGUGCUUGGCGUGGGGUUGGUGAGUUCAUAUAUUAAGGUUUACAGCGACCAGACAGACAGACAGAUAGACAGACAGACAGACAGUAUGUGCCUGUGUUGAUGCUAAUAUGCGAAUUACAUUUCUCUCCAGCCACCUGUUGGGACAUCCUGUGCCGUGUUGAUGAGACCUGGGAAAAUGUAAUAUGUGAUCUAAAGCACCUCACCACUUCCUCAGACACCUCCACUCCCGGGUCAGUGGCACUUUGCUUGCAUCACUUAGCGUGAGUAUCAAGUUCAAUUCAACCUGCUGCUAUUGUCUAGAGUCUCUGUCCUCUCCUCUCCCGUCCUGUUUGUUAUUCUUGUCUAGUGUUGGCUCAAAGAUGUGCCUGAGGCAGUAAGAGCACAGGUGGGGGUCUGAGGUGUGUGUGUGUGUGUGUAUCCGUGUCUGUCCAUGUCUGCAUGCAAUGUGACUGGCAGAGCCUAUUCUCCCACAGCAGGGUUAAGCAUGGAGCUGGCUGAGAUUGUUGGCUGUGUGAUAAAAAACCAACACCAGUUGCCUACAGUGCCUUGCAAAAGUAUUCAUCCCCCUUGGUGUUUUUCCUAUUUUAUUGCAUUACAACCUGUAAUUUAAAUGAAAUUUUAUUUGGAUUUCAUGUAAUGGACAAAUAUUUUGCGUCUUCAAAGUGGUAGGCAUGUUGUGUAAAUCAAAUGAUACAAACCCCCCAAAAAUCAAUAUUAAUUCCAGGUUGUAAGGCAACAAAAUAGGAAAAAUGCCAAGGGGGGUGAAUACUUUCGCAAGCCACUGUAUAAUUGGUCUUUUGGCCAAUCAGAUUAAAUAUUUUGCAAAUAAUUAGGCAAAAUAUCACAAAAGUGUUUUUACUUGUUGUUUUCAUUACUUUCAUGUGGAUUGCACCUAGCCUGGUCCCAGAUGUUUGUGUGAUCAUUUCAAACAUGGCAUGACAAGGAGUUGACAUGAUAGCACAAACAGAUCUGGGACCAGGCUAGGUUGUAUCCUGACCUGUGUUUAGUCUAUGAUUACCACACUAGCCUCUUAUCUUUACUGAAUGAAAGUAUAUUUAUUUAGGCUGGGUUUUUGACCAGGGCCCAUAGGGCUAAACGUAGUGCAUAUGGGGGGAUGCAGUCCAUGGCCUCAUCUGGUGAAGUACAUAAAUGUCUCCUGUCUAUUUCAGAACACUGCCUGACAGUGAGGUAAACACCACGCAUGGGACUGACAGCAUGGACUGUGUGGGAGAGGAUUCCAUCACUUGUUCUAUUGCUCUCCAUGUGGUCAGCAGUAUCGUCGUGGUGACAGCCAAUGUGUCCAACACCACAGCAGGUCCCCUGGUGAUGCUCAGCGUCCCUCCAUGUCUCGGUAAGGCGUGUCUGAAUGCGUCUGAUCCCCCUCUCAACCUCUCGUCUGAAGGUGAUAGAGGAUGUUAAUUGCUUAAAUGGCCUAUCUAUCAGGUCCUCAUAUUCUGAGGUUAAUGGAUAUCACUUAACAUUUGCCAAGCACCAGCGUGUUGCCUGGCAAGCUUAUUGUUUAUUAUGUAGGCUAGCAGUAUCUAGGGAGCCAUUUGUACCAUGAAUGAAACUGGGGAGUUAUUGGUUAAGGCUUAAAGACUGCACACACGUGUUUACAUUAUAGUGAGUGUAACGGGCAGCUUCAGUAGGUCUGAUACCAGCUGCCCUUUGGGACUUCCAGGCAGGCCGGGGUUAGUGUUUACUCUGGUCCCAGGAACCAUGGUGAUGAGCUGGAGAUCUCUCCACUGAUGGGAAACACAUACCUUGUUUGCUCAAUCAAAGCUCUUUGCGGCCUUGUUGGUCAAUGGAACAUUGGUUUGAUACAAGUAGAAAUUGUAGCCUGUUAUAUUAAUUGAAGUGCCAUUUAAUUUAGAUCACAUGGAAAAUUAUGUAAGUCUUAUUUUUAAUAUGAAGAAAGACUUGCUAAAGGGCCCAAAUUCUGCAUUUAGACAUGUCGUUCUGUGCAUUCUCUGUGACUUCUAGGAGGAUUUUAACCCACUUAACCCCUACAUUUCACCAUAAUUGUAAAGCCCUAGUUAUUUUGCUGCUUUGACAAAGUCAUUUCUGAAGAUUAUUAUUUAUUUGUUGUUAUAAAUCUGUCCCUCAUUUUAAGGUUAACCCUCUUAAGUGAACUGAACUCUCAUUUCAAUAUGGUGAAACUAUUCAUUUAAAAAAUAUAUAUAAAUAGACAUUGAAGAUCUAAUAUUCAAAUCAUAGUGUAAAAGCAGGUGAGCUGGUGUUUUGUGGUGGAAAACUGAGCGGGUCGAGCAUAACAUGUCAAUCCUGUUACCCAUAGAUGGACAGGCUAGACAUUUUUAACAAUAAAUAAUUGUGUGAAGCUUGUAUUAAUUUGCCUCUCCCUGUUGCACACAACAAGCUUCCAUUCCCCCUGUCACUAGGGGAUUUAUGGCUAAUUUAAGAUUAAGUUGUCAACCCUGUUACUUUAUUUGGCACUUACUAUAGUAUUACUAUAGAUGGGAAAAGAUGGGAAAAUGUGUUUUUAUUAAGUUGAACAUGUGCUCUUUAUGAUAGUACAUUAGAGGAUGCAUAUAUAUAUUGCCUUAUCAGCCAUGUUCUCAAUGAUUAACAACAACAUUUUGAUCAGAGGUUAUGGUUUCCAUUAGUGGGUCUGCUCUCUUACAUCACAAGCAGUAAAGCAUACGUAGCUACAUGCAUCUCAAUAUUUACAAAGUCCUAUGCCACAGAAAGAGCACUUAUCAAGAGAGGGGUAUAAACCCCUGGAAUAUCAGUAGGCCUAAAUGAUGUAGCAAGGCAGGAAGCAGGAAAAUUGCCUGCUUAUCAGCUUUAAGAAGAGUUUGCUCCCCUCGCCAUUAUGUGAGGAAUGAAUGUACGUCAGAUAUGCUGUUUAUGCUCGUAUGGGCUGGUAUUCUGACUUAAUAUUCUUGCGCUUAACUUACAUUUUCACACGAGUCUCCUAUCAAAGUCAAUGCAUGAUUUAGUGCCUUUAGUGUCCAACCAACGUGAAGGGAACUACCAUUCAUUCCCUAAAAGUAAUUUAACAUUCACAGCCUGUUUAUUAAGAUGUGAAUGUCUGAGAGUGAUAAUCUUUAAUAAUGAAACAUUAAAAAAACAGAAGAAGGAAAAAAAACUGCUGAUUAAUUCAGUCUCUCUUCCUGUCGGCUAGGCGGGGACAUUUCCAUUAUGAGACUCAAUUAUCCCCCCUGCUGCUCAUCAUCACCGCGCCUUAUAAUUAUGACACUUCUCUUUUCUGUUUUAUAAGAUGGGUUACAAACAACGCCUGUGUCAAGUCAAUCACUGGGAGUAAACACAAAGACCAACAAAGAAGUUUAAAUACCAGGAAGAUACAUCUCACUGUAAAAUACUGUAAUAUAUGUUAAAAUUCCAAGAAGAACUUGUGAGAGGGUGUCUUUUCUACUCUGCCUUGGUACUGGGUUGCGAUUUCAGUGAUUUAAUUCCAUUUUGAGGUAUUGAUUUUCCUGACAUGAGGAGCUUGGCCUUAUUGAUCGGUAUUCAGUAAUAAGCCCAUAGACCACUAAAGUAGAUAUGCUGUCUAAUAGAUAGACUGUUAUUAUAUCAUGUUCACACACCACUGAGCCUGGCCUGUCAUGGUGUCACGUCAGCUCACGUCCUCUGUCGCUCAGCUGGUAGAGCACGGCGCUUGUAAUGCCAGGUUAGUGGGUUCGAUCCCCGGGACCACCCAUACACAAAAAAAUUAUGCACGCAUGACUGUAAGUCGCUUUGGAUAAAAGCGUCUGCUAAAUGGCAUAUUAUAUUAUUAUAUACGUUUCUGCUGAUUUCAUCAUUUGGCUGCCCUGUAUGAAGCCUGUGGGAGUCUAUAACCAAUGCAGUUUAUCAGGCACAAUCAAUGUGUCUCCAAUGGCUGUUACAGUAGUGUAUGUGCCUGAGGCCAUUGUUGUCUCUGCAGUAUAGAGUUACAGAUAUUGCAUCUUAAUUUGAUCACUUGUUUGUUACUGAGAAUGUUCCUGCGCUGGAAAUGCAGAUGAGCUUCGUGAUUUACAUACAUUCACUGAAAACCUGCACAAACACACGGUUAUAUACUGAACAAAAAUAUAAAUGCAACAUGCAACUUUCCUGAGUUACAGUUCAUAUAAGGAAAUCAGUGAAUUGAAAUAAAUUCAUUAGGUCCUCAUCUAUGGAUUUCACAUGACUGGGAAUACAGAUAUGCAUCCAUUGGUCACAGAUACCUUAAAAAAAAAAGGUAGGGUCCUGGAUCAGAAAACCAGUCAGUAUCUGGCGUGACCACCAUUUGCUUCAUGCAGUGCGACAUCUCUUUUGGAUAGAGUUGAUUAGGCUGAUUGUGGCCUGUGGAAUGUUGUCCCACUCCUCUUCAAUGGCUGUACGAAGUUGCUGGAUAUGGGCAGGAACUGGAACAUGCUAUCGUGCACGUUGAUCCAGAACAUCCAAAUUUUGUGACAUGUGUGGUGAGUAUGCAGGCAAUGGAAGAACAGGGAAAGUUUCAGCUUCCAGGAAUUGUGUACAGAUCCUUGCUACAUGGAGCCAUGCAUUAUCAUGCUGAAACAUGAGGUGAUGGCGGCGGAUGAAUGGCACAGCAAUGGGCCUCAGGAUCUUGUCAUGGUAUCUCUGUGCAUUCAAAAUGCCAUCGAUAAAAUGUAAUUGUGUUCCUUGUCCGUAGCUUAUGCCUGCCCAUACCAUAACCCCACCACCACCAUGGGGCACUCUGUUCACAACGUCUGUUCAGUAAACCGCUCGCCCACAGGACACCAUACACGUGGUCUGUGGUUGUGAGGCCGGUUGGACGUACUGCCAAAUUUUCUAAAAUGACACAGUCAGCAUGCCAAUUGCACACUCCCUCAACUUGAGACCUCUGUGGCAUUGUGUUGUGUGACAAAACUGCACAGUUUAGAGUGGCUUUUUAUUGUCCCCAAGACAAGGUGCACCUGUUUAAUGAUCAUGCUGUUUAAUCAGCUUCUUUGUGCACAACAUUUGAGAGAAAUAAGCUUUUUGUCCGUAUGCAACAUUUCUGGGAUCUUUUAUUUCAGGUCAUGAAACAUGGGACCAACACUUUACAUGUUGCGUUUUUAUAUUUUAGUUUGGUGUAUUAACAGUAUUGCACUUUUCAUGUUGCCUACUUUUGUCCAGCUAACAGCCUAACCACCGAUCAAGCAACAUUAUGCACAAAACUUUCAAAUCCUGUUGCUACCAAAUACUGGUCAAAUUAAGAUCCUACAUUGGCGUAUUGGAUGGCAUUAUGAGUACUCCUGAGUACUCAUAAUGCAGAUAGAUGUCCAGAGUACUCCUGAGUGGCGCAGUGGUCUAAGGCACGGCAUCGCAGUGCUAACUGUGCCACUAGAGAUCCUGGUUCGAAUCCAGGCUCUGUCGCCGCCGGCCGCGACCAGGAGACUCAUGGGCGGCGCACAAUUGGCCCAGCGUCGUCCAGGGUAGGGGAGGGAAUGGUCGGCAGGGAUGUAGCUCAGUUGAUCGAGCAUGGCGUUUGCAACGCCAGGGUUGUGGGUUCGUUUCCCACGGGGGGCCAGUAUAAAAAAAAAAAAAAUUAUUCACUAACUGUAAGUCGCUCUGGAUAAGAGCGUCUGCUAAAUGACUAAAAUGUAAAAUGUAAAUGUAAAAUGAUGAUGGCGAUUAAUGAUGAUGGUGGUGUUUCAUCAAAUCAAAUCAAAUGUAUUGGUCACACACACAUGGUUAGCAGAUGUUAUUGCGAAUGUAGCGAAAUGCUUGUGCUUCUUGUUCCGACAGUGCAGCAAUAUCUAGCAAGUAAUAUCUAACAGUUCCACAACAAAAACCUAAUACACACAAAUCUAAGUAAAGGAAUGGAAUAAGAAUAUAUAACUAUAUGGAUGAACAAUGUCAUUGUUUGGAGGAUGGUGAUGCUGCUAACAAUCAUGAAUCAUGGAUGAUGAUGAAGAUGAUUAUGUAUUCAUCCAGUAUGUAUUGCUUGUGGUGUGUGUGUGUUGUACAGGGAAACCAAGUCCACUAGUGAACCUAACGCACACCCAGACCACAGAGGGAGAGUUGGUUCUGAGCUGGAGCGACCCACAGCCACAGCCCCAUGCCAGCCCUGUCCCACUGAGCUAUGAGGUCCGAUACAACACCUCCCAAAGUACCUCUCACCCCAACUGGCUGGUAAGAACAUGCUGGCCUCCGAGCAAACACAACAUCUAAGUACAGGUCUUACAGCAAAUAAAGCUAAAGACAAUAAUAAUUUAACAGAGAACAAGAGCAAACACCUAGAGGAUAGAGGAUGUUGAAGAAGAGUCUUAAGACCGCUCAUGGUUUUCUUAGAUGUAGAUAUCAGUUUUAGUUAUGUUCUCAGUCAUCACAAUAAAAACAAAUAAAGAGAGUCGCACAGUAAAUAAAUUACUGGGAGUUUAUACAUAGUGUGUGCGACUCUCUUAUUUGUUUUUAUAGCUUACAGUUUAUUCUCCGUUGGUCAGCACCUCUACACUAAGUGAUGUUCUCUGGGUGUGCGCCAGCUCAUACUUUUUAUUAGACUCAGUCAUCACAAUGCCAUUUUGUAUUUGUGUCAAAUUGUCAAUCCAUAUAGUAACUUCUGUAUGACAUCUUGUAUUUCUCUCCCCUACUCCUUUGUUCCAGCACAUGGAGGUGUCUGGAGGCCAGUGGGUGUCUCUGACUGGACUGAGGCCUGGUCUGCACUACACUGUCCAGAUCCGGUCUCACCACCCUGCUCUGCCUCACCUGUGGAGUGACUGGAGCCAGCCACACCGCAUCCAUCUGGAAAGUAAGACCUCUCUCUCUUUCUGCACAGAAACAUGCGUAUCUUAAACACACAGUUAACAUCAUACUGGACAUCUAUCUGCACAGUAAGACCUCUGCCUUGCCCUACAUACACACAUACAGUCAGAGAUAUUCCCCUCACAUACAGUAUACCUGCACAGCACAGGAGGCUGCUGAGGGGAGGACGGCUCAUAAUAAUGUCCGGAACGGAGCAAAUGGAAUGGCAUCAAACACAUGGAAACCAUGACUUUAAUGUAUUUGAUACCAUUCCAGGUAUUCCACUCCAGUCAUUAUCACGAGUCCGUUCUCCCCAAUUAAGGUGCCACCAUCCUCCUGUGCUGCACAGUAAGACCUCUGGUUAUACAGCAAUGUACACAUGCUUUAGUGAUGUGCAGUUCGCAAACGAUUUGUUAUUUUUGAACAACAAUUUAUACUGACUCGAGAGUCAUGAUUCGUUUUUCUGAGUGACUCAUUCAUUUUAGUCGUUCGUUUGACCUGCUGGCUGCAAUGAAUUCUACAGCAGGAUUAAUACGUGCUCCUCCGGUGACUCCGGAGACGUGCUCCGACCAACAACUGUCUGUAUGCGCGCAGGCAAAAUAGAUCAUGAUGCAGGCAGCAUAGAGAAGGAAAAAUAUGUUUAAAUUAGAACUGAUAAUUGAUCGCAUGGUGCAAGAAUGAAAUACAUUUAUUAUUGAACAUUAUGAUGGACACAGCUUUGCAUGCUCUGGUUAUUACUGACUCAAAUGAACAAAUUGAGUUAAGAUUUGUUCUUUUGACUGAACGAGUCGAAAAGAUCUGAGUCCGUAAAAGAAGCCAAACUUCCCAUCAUGCUUCAGCUGUCUGCAUUAACACAACAUUUACAGUUACUUAUUAUUUGAUUACUGGUACAAUAACCGUUUGUCGAGCAAAAACAAGCUUUUCUAUGUUCCAGACCAUCUAUCACGGCUGUAGGCAGCUGUACAGACCAUCUAUCACGGCUGUAGGCAGCUGUACAGACCAUCUAUCAGGGCUGUAGGUAGCUGUACAGACCAUCUAUCAGGGCUGUAGGCAGCUGUACAGACCAUCUAUCAGGGCUGUAGGCAGCUGUACAGACCAUCUAUCAGGGCUGUAGGCAGCUGUACAGACCAUCUAUCACGGCCUUAGGCAGCUGUACAGACCAUCUAUCACGGCCUUAGGCAGCUGUACAGACCAUCUAUCACGGCUGUAGGCAGCUGUACAGACCAUCUAUCAGGGCUGUAGGCAGCUGUACAGACCAUCUAUCACGGCUGUAGGCAGCUGUACAGACCAUCUAUCACGGCCUUAGGUAGCUGUACAGACCAUCUAUCACGGCUGUAGGCAGCUGUACAGACCAUCUAUCACGGCUGUAGGCAGCUGUGCAGACCAUCUAUCAGGGCCUUAGGCAGCUGUGCAGCUAGGGUUGGCUUUCCCACUGGCUUUUGUCCCGGGUAUUCCAUGGAGUGACAUGUACACUCUAUGUGAGGUUGUUUUCAAUGGACUCACAGCUGCUACCUAUAAUCUAGUCUAUCCACAUCCCUCUGCUGUUCCCAUCCAUCUGUAAAAGCAUGAUUGAAUGGUUCUGAAAAAGUGAGUGAGUCUGCAGGUGAGCUUCUCUGGCACCAAGGCCUCCGCACUCAAGUCACAUCUCCAGAUAGUAGCUAGUUGCGUAUUGUUCCAGACAACAGAAUGAGUCAUUUCUUAUUCGUCCUUCAAAGUUUUGUUAUUCUAGUGUUCUCUGUGGCCGAUAUGGUGGCAUUUGUUUUAGAGAAAGUCGUGGAGGACAAACCUUCCAUUAAUUGUCCUGUGCGUUCCAUUAAUUAUCCUGUGUGUGUGUGUGUGUGUGCACGCCUGCGUGUGUGUAUGUAUGUGUGCAUGCUUGUGUGUGUUCAUGAUUGUUUGUGUGUGUGUGUGUGUGUGUGUGUGUAUGUUUGGUGUGUGUGUGUGUAUGUUUGGUGUGUGUGUGUAUGUUUGGUGUGUGUUUGUAUGUUUGGUGUGUGUGUGUGUGAUUCAAUCAUUGACCUCUAUUAUCUCCAAGGGGAGAUAGGGUGCAAUAUCUGAAAACAAACCAAUUAAACUUGCUCAUCUGUAUAUAGUAUGAUAUGCAUACAGGGCCAAUCUCAGUGUGGUCAACUAUGACCGUUUAUGACUAAGUAGGAAGCAGCAGUGUUGUGUUCGAGAUCACCUAAAGCGAGACUGAUUCAAGAUCAAUACCGGAACAAAUUCGAGUCCAAGUCAAGACCAAGACCGAAGGGGGGGUGAGACCGAGUCAAGACCGAGACCGGGAGGGGGAAAAGGGGUCAGAGACAGUCAAGACUGAGACCAGAAAAAUGCGAGUCCAAUUCAAGACCAUGAUUGUAAUGACAAUUUAAAAUGUCCAGUAUUUCUGUGUUCAUAUUUCAGAACAACAAAUGGAUGGAUUCUUUAGACAUUCAGAAUAGUGAAAAAAUGCAUGCUGAGGGAAAAUAGAGCCACUCUACAAAUUAUUACUAACCCAAACACAGUGGGGAACAAUGGGCCUUCUACGCCUUCAGAGAAGGGCUAAGGAUUUAUACAAUUAUUAUUAUUAUUAUAUAAUAAUAAUGAUAGUAUUAUUUUCAAUUAUGUUCUGAUUUAAUCUCUUCCGUUUUUGUUGGAAAGAAAAGGGUUAUGUUAUGUUGCGUCAAUUCGAAUCUGGUAUAGGAACAAAAAGAGGUGAACACACGUCUUUUAAGAUAUACUAGUAUUUUAAUUAAUGCAAACACUUGAAUGGUAAAUAUGAUGGUCGUAUAUACGGGCCCACUGAAAAACCACGCAGGGCAGACAGAGAACUGAGCUAUUGUUAUAAGUUCUUCUUUAAAUACUCUGACAGAGAUAGUUCCCGCUCCCUGCUGGGCCUGUCAGAAUAGAGGCUGGGUGUGGUUUGAACUUACCCAACCUAUCGUUGGCGCUCAGGCUGGUCCCAGCCCCUUGGCGCUUCACUGUUGCCUGGCAUUAGUUGUUAUCUUUACAACUUGUCUCGAGUCAGCAACCUCAGACAUAGUUUGUUCUUCUUCAUUGUAGCAGUACACAUGUCCUUGAGCAGUUUAACAAAGAGGCAGUGUGUGUGUGUGUGAGUCACAAGCCUGUCUCAGCCUACCCCCUAACGGUUCCUCACAUUAAUCACAGCUUGUUAUGUUAAACAAUCUAUAUCAGUACAGCACAAACCUAUUAUGUUUAAUCAUUAAUGUAUUCUUUCUAAGCUAGGCAUCACAUCUAGUUAUAAGAAAAUAGAUCCCCACAGUUAACACUGAUGGUCUCUGGGAAAAUAAAUCUAGCUAGCUAAGUCAGCCAUAGGCUAGGCCAUCAGAAGCUAAAUAAAGGCAUCUGCCAUUCAACUGUAUUUGGGCAAAAUGUUGGAGUGACAGUGGAAUCAACCAAUCACAUUUUGACUUAAUGGGUGGGGCCAUUUUUACAAACACUUAUGGAAACGUCUGCCUUCUUGAAGGACAACAGGUCACCGCGCAGUAGCGAACAAUAGUUUUCUCACGGUCUAGCUAGCUAGCUUUUGUUGUCGGCUAUUUUGCAGCGGCUUCAGCAGGUGCUAUCAAAGAGGAUGUUGUUGCUAAUUUGUUAGCUUCUUCCUUUUCAAGAAUAACUUUCAACAAGAAGUUAAGUUUUAAAUGAUCAUCUGGUGAGUGGAACUGUGUUUUUUCUAUUGCAGCGGCGCUUGCUGUUGCUAGCCAUCUCUUAGAAAAUAUUUUGUGUGUGUGAAACAUUGUUGCAUUUAAUGUGGAACUGAAAGCAUUUUAGCAACAUGAAAUCUUAUUAAUAUCUGUUCAUAUACACCCCCAGGAAGAAUGACACUUUUUAAAAAUCAUUUUCUGACAAGCGACCACUUAGAUAUGGUCAUUUUCACGUUUUCAUAAAUUCUUAGAAUGUUUGGAAAUUACGUAUACUAAGGCAUUUGUGAAAAUUCUUUAGUAAUAUAGAGUGGGAAAGCGGCUGUGCGUUUGGACAAUUAAUAGACACUGCAGUAAAUAAAACCGAUUAAAAACAUCUGUCUUGUCCAGGACUUGAGUCUACACAGACCGGUGCGCUAUAGCCAAUAAGAGCUACAUUAGGCCUUCAUACGAACAAGCCAUUUACCACACGGGCCUGCCAUCAUUCACUUUGAACUGCGUGUUUUACAGGCAGUUGCAACAGCGUGACUUUAGAUCAUUAGAAAGCGUUCGCCAAAAGCCACAAAAUACACCUGAAUGGAUUUCUGCAAAUAUGUAAACACCACGGGAGUCCUCUUACAUUUAAGGACCUUUUACAGUCCUAUUGAUCAAACAACCAUGAAAAGGUAGGCUCUCUCUCCCUCAGUUAUGGACAUCAACAACUAAUGCUAGCCAGAGCAAGAUGAGCUAAAUAUCUAACGACGGAACAUUAGAUAAACCCUCUCAAACUUUUUCAGCUAGUUGGCCGUCAAAAUUGCACUGAUAAAUGAUGGGAUGGGGAAUUGUAGCCUCCUCGUCCUUCUGCAGCUUGCCUGCCAAUGCAUGCUUGUCCAAACCAAGCACCCAAGCUAACUGACUAAAGUUUGCUAGCUUGCUAGCAGUGUUGCCAACUUAGCGACUUUGUCGCUAUAUUUAGCGAGUUUUCAGACCCCUCUAGCGACACAUUUUCAAAAAAGCGACUAGUGACAAAUCUAGUGACUUUUUCUGGUGUUAUUGGAGACUGAAAGCACGUAUCGUUCUUACUCUUCUCAACGAGCAGCAGGUGCUGCCGUGGCGUGGGCUCCACCCCCGUCCCAAAGCACUCACAGGCGGCCCAGUCCUCACGCAGCAGUCCCUCCCAGCUGCAGUCAGAGCAGGAGAUGUUCACCCCUCCGCGUCCAGACUGCAAAUGAAUCGCGCAUGCGGGAAGCCACCGCUGGCUGAUCCCGCCCUGGCUUACAUUCAGGGCGGGAUGUAAAUGUAGGGUGUUUUUUACUCACUUUUUGUCUCUCCCACAACGUUAUUCCUCUCUCCUACAGCGUCCAUCACAAUUACAUGCACAUUGCCAAUUAUGCAAAUUAGGUGAUGACGUCAUUUAGCGACUUCUAGCGACUUUUAGGACAGCCAAUAGCUACUUUCCUUACUGAGGAGUUGGCAACACUGCUUGCUAGCUAGCUACUUCCAGACACAAAUGAGAGAACAUCUCACUCUGACCAUUUUACUCGCCCUAGCAGAGCUGGUUAGCUAUGCUGUUUACAUGUUAUCUAGAGCGUUCUUGACUAACUAUAACUUUUUUUGCCUAUGUUUACUGACACCGGUCAUAUUUAACGGGUGUUGCGCGUUCGUAAAUUCAUCAGUUCUGCGCUCUGGCACACUCAGACGAGAGUGCUCUGAAAUCCCAGAUAACCAGAGUAAAUUUGCGAACGCAAGAGAUAUGCUAACUGGAUAACAUUCGUUCAAGUUCUUGCAAGCUAACCAAAUGACACCUGCAUUUCUAGCUGUGUAUAGCCACCGAAAAACUAUAUGAAGGGAGAAAGUCAGUCACUCACCCACUCCUCCAAUGGCAUGACAUGACAUCCUCCUGGCAGUUAGCUAGCUAUCUAGCUAACAUUAGGCUCUGUGUUUUUAGCUUACUACAUAAAUAGAUAUGCUAGCCUAUUAGCCAUGUUAUGACUGACUUGUGAUCAUUGCCCUUGCUAGUUUGAUUGUAUUGACAUUCCCAGCUUUAGUUACAUUCAUCCGUUUUUUGUCCAGAAUAUUGAGUCAUUGAAACUGAAACAGUGCAUCCCGAAUGGAGGCAGCAAACAAUGUACCAGGCCAGCUGUGAUUUACAACCUGAUAGCAAUAUUUUUUGGACUAGCAAGAAAUGUAUUGGUGAAUUAUAUUAAUCAUGAACUGCAUCCAUCUAUUCUGCCAACAAUGCCUUAGUGUACGUCAUGGAAUGUUGAGUCAAAUAUAACCUAUUUUUAAAACCUCUUAUAAAGAUGGUUUUGUAGCAUAAACUGGGAAUGGUAUUUUUGACUGAUAUUAUGAUUGUCUGUUUGUUUCAUAUCUGCAAAGUAGUUAAAACGCUGUCAGUUCCACUUUAGGUCAGUGGUUACUUUGUGCUAAACGUGAAAUGUUGUUUGCAGAGGGAAGUAAUAGUUGUACAUUUCGAUUCUUAUGAUUGGGACCUACUGGCUUAUUAGGUCGGAGUUUAUGGACUGCUUAUCCUUUAACAACAUCAUGCUGUGUCUGACUGCUGUCUUUCCAUCGGCCCUAUGUAGUGGUGUAGUGGUGCCUGGAGAAGCGGGUAUACUCCAAUUUUGCCAAAAAGUUCCCAAAUGUGCCGCCCAGCGAAGGAAGAGCACCCUAUGUGAAAGAUCCUGUGUUUUCCUAUGUUUUUUUAACACGUUUUCCUAUUGAUUUUUCAGAUUUUCACUCUAAAAUGGACAAAAGUUAGAUGGUCUAAGUCUACAACAAUGCUUAAACCACAUCAAUCUGAUUGGGUGGGCCUGUCAGGGCCUGGCUCCCCAGUGGGUGGGCCUUUGUCCACCCAGCCCCAUCUAUGUCUACGCCCCUGAUGCAAACAGCUCAUGAUGACAAUUGCUCAUCACAAAUAGCCUACUAACCAACACGUCGACUAAACUUUUUCAAUACCUAGUUUUCAUACCCAUUGUUGCCUUAGUUUGCAUUUACUGGUAUCAUAAGUGGAAACGUCUUUACUACCCUUCCGUCAUUCUUCUGUGAGCUGCUCCAUGCCAAAACCAGUUGAGAGCUGCACACUCUUGCUGCCUGCAAAUGAUAUUCCGCUGAAACUAGGCUAUGUGUGCAGUGCGCAUGUGAAUAUAUUUCACGUGCUUUGCGAUUGUGUAGGCUAUUUUGUGCAUGAUUUCUCUAUUGUACUACAUAAUUGAUAAGUCGUAUACCUCCACUACAGUACUUUGAUCCGCAUCAAUAGGGAUUAAGAGGUGAGUAUACGCAAUGCCCACUGAAAAGAAUACCUGUGCUACACCACUGGCCCUUUUGUGUUUUACAAAAAGUGCAGUCUCCUACAUGAGUGCGCUGGUAUUACGGUUGCUGUCCUUUCAGAAUCACGAACCUGUCACACACUGAAGGCAUAUAGGUUCACCACUGCGCAAACAUGUCUAUUAAGGCUUUUAAGAUAUUAAUGUUUCAAGAAAGAUGUGUAUAUAUUUGGCCUGGCGAAGCGGUUUUAUGCGCUGACUGAAUGGAAGCUGAUAAUUAUUAUUUUUGUACUCCGCUGGCAUCGAUAUUAGUCAAACAUUUAUUCUAGUCUCAAAAUUGACUACAAAGUGUAAAUAGGAUAAUUCUGGUCAUAAAGUCAGUCUUUGUAGGUGAGUUUGUCAUGACUUACUUGAGGAUAGGGUUUUGAUUUCGACAAUGCUCACUUGCCCUCUAAACACAGGAUAUGCAGAACACACAGACAGUGAGACACACCUGCCCAGCAGCACAGUGGAUCUGACUUUGUUUACAUAAGACAACAGGUCGUAAAAAAUGUUACUUGAGAAAUACUGCACCAAAUACCUUAGCUGGAUGUAAAAUUGCGUGACUAAAACCUCGGCAAAAACGUACAGAAAAAUUAGAUUUAUUUUGAGGUAUCUUAUAUUCAUUCUAAAGUAAUUCUGGCUUUGUUCUAUGGUGUCUCAUGUGGGACAAACAUCAGUAACUGCCACAUUGAAUCACACCCCCAAUACUGACAUUUUGUUUUUCACAAUGAGCAACAGAGAAACGCAUGCAGAAUUGGUGCAUUGAGUCACUCUUUAAGACAAAAGGAUAAGCUAUUUUCUUAGCACACUGUCUUUCUAUACAUCUGUGGUUGAUAGAUUUUGCCCACACAAACACACCUAUAUGGGGAGACUGGGAUGGGUCAGUACCUGCUGCAUACUGUACUGUUAGAGACGCAAUGAUUCAUAGAUAUACAUUGCAUUCCCAUGCAGCCAAUACAGUAUACAUUGGGUAACUUAGCAAACACAUUUGGUUAGGAAAUUGUGAAGUUGUAUCAGGUUGCCAGAUGUAAUGUCAAAUAUGGGGACAGGAUCAGGAUGGAGCAGGGUGGUAAUUAGUGAGCUGGAUGGUGGAUGGAUUAAAUUAAGAGAAUAUUAGAUUAGGAAUAUGAAGGUGGGAUUAUUGUAUUAUUAUUUUCAUCAAAGGGCUCAUUUGCAUUUUUGUCUAGUUGAUCUCUCUCUUAUUCUCCUCUUUCGAUCUCUCCCUCCCUGCCCCUCUUCUCUAUCUCUCUCUCUCGCUGUCCCUUUCUCUGUCCCUCUCUCUCCCUCUCCCCCUCUCUCUGUGAUGACUACAUCAUGCAGAGAGUUGGUUUUCGGAGGUUGUCUGUCUAUGUCCAACCUCUCCUCCUAUAGCUUCACUGCAGAGCUGGAGAUUCAUCGGUCAGCCCUGUCAGCCCUCUCUCUGACUGACAUGAUGAAGGCUCUUCAUAAAGGACAAAGACAGGGAAUGAAAGAUGGGGAUCUCUGAGGGAUUCUGCCCAGUGUAAAAGUGAUUAUUGAAAACACACACAGGAGAGCCAGGACCAUGGAAAUAUAAUUCUAUUUUUAUUGGUCAGGACGAGCACACGCACACACAGAGACACACGCAGAGACAUUUGUUACAUUUGAAUCCUAGAGAGGCUCCAGGAGGUUCUCCCUCACACACGCUCUUUGUUUCUCAUUGCUCCGAGGAAGAUCAUUACAUGCAACUAAUCACCUAGGCUAUGGCCCUUUUUAGCUUUCAGUCAAUAGAUUGUUUAUGAGGUACAUAAAAUCAGACAAACAGAAAAUAACUUAAACUGGAAGCAAGUUUUUCAUCAUUGUCCCUGAAACUGUGAUGCUUCAUCUGUUAUUUCAGACUAUGUCUGGAGAUUGUGUACUGCUGUGUGAAAUUGAGUUUUUCUCCUUUUAAAGUCUUCUCAGAUUAUUUUUUUCAAAUAAAUCUUUAUGACAUUGAUUUUGUUUCUUACCUUGGUCCGUUGAUUACACAUUUUCCAUUCAGGAUGAAGGGUAGAAUCAAAGCGGGGGAAAAAGUGUUCUUACCACCCGUUGCCAUGGUAACUAGACAUGUUGAGCAGACAUGUUUUUAGGAUUUCCAGACAUGGGAUAUUUUUUUGUUGUUGCAAGGUGUGAAGAAAAAAAUGGGCCUUUUAGAAACGCAUUGCAUGCAAUUCUAUGUCAUUUACAUGAUAGAAGACUUUAGCAGAAUAUUUUUUUAUACACUACAUGACCAAAAGUAUGUGGACACCUGUUUGUCGAACAUCUAAUUCCAAAAUCAUGGGCAUUAAUAUGGAGUUGGUCCCCCCUUUACUACAGUUCUUGUGCUGACGUUGCUUCCAGAGACAGUUCGGAAAUCAGUAGUGAGUGUUGCAUCCGAGGACAGAUGAUUUUUUGCGCGCUACGCGCUUCAGUACUUGGCGGUCCCGUUCUGGGAGCUUGUGUGGCCUACCACUUCGCAGCUGAGCCAUUGUUGCUCCUAGAAGUUUCCAUUUCACAAUAACAGCACAAACAGUUGACCGGGGCAGCUCUAGCAGGGCAGAAAUUUGACGAACUGACUUGUUGGAAAUGUGGAAUCCUAUGACGGUGCUACAUUGAAAGUCAUUGAGCUCUACAGUAAGGCCAUUCUACUGCUAAUGUUUGUCUAUGGAGAUUGCAUGGCGGUGUACUCGAUUUUAUACACCUGUCAGCAACGGGUGUGGUUGAAAUAGCCGAAUCCACUAAUUUGAAGUGGUGUCCACAUACUUUUGGCCAUGUAGUGUAGCACACAAAGGGCCAAAUGCAGGCUACUGUGGAACUCAUUAUUCAGGUAGGAUGCCAUUUUGGAACUUUUUAUUUUAUUUUCGUAUUUAUAAUCAUUUGUUUUAUUAUUAUUGUAUAUCAUUGUUAUUAUUGUAGCCUAUUUAAAAAUCUAAACCAGUUCUUUAAAUAUGCAAAACGUGUUUUGUUUAAUUCUGUUGAGACAUUUGUGGUUAAAUUACGUUUUUGAAAUGUGUGCUCCAUUUUUAGAUAGGUUAUAGUAGGCCAUUUGUAAAAUUAAUAUCAUUAGCCUAUUGCUGUCAUUUGUUGGGUACGGUAGGCACUAGCCUUUCUUGGUAAUUGCUGCAAUAUAGCCUGUUCAAAACUUUUGUGAAGGUUUAAACUAGUUCGCAGGUGUUAUGUUUCAUUCUGUUGAGCCAUUUGAAAUGGCUGAAAUGUUGUGUUUGCCGCGAUAAAAUAUCCUGCUUGUAUUUUCCAUAUAAACAAUGGCUUGACUUACUUUUGACAUUACCCUAAUAAAGUUUAGAAACAUUUGUGAAGGUUUGGUGUGAUGUGGCUAUUAGCCUAUUAUACUGUUUUUCUAACUGAGUUCACUUUGCUUGCUUUCAGAUGUGACAUAUCUCCCUGAGAGAGUGGUGGCCAGCUUUGGAGACAGCGUGACCGUGUACUGCGUGUUCAACGACCUCACGGUGAACGCCAGCACCACGGUCUGGAUUCGGAACUCCCGUGACCGCCUGCCUAAGAGCCAGUACACUGCGGUCAACGACCGUGUCAGUAAGAUAACGGUUCGACCAUCGGAGCAGAGACUGUCUGACACCCUGCAUUGCUGCCAGCCUUUAGGGGAGACGUAUAGCUGUAACUACCGCUACGCAACGAUAUAUAUUAAAGGUGAGCUGGGAUGAUGGGAGGAUGCAUGGAUGGAUGUCAGGGUUUGGAUGUAUGUCAAGGCUUGGAUUGAUAUAGGGUUGGGAUUGGGUUAGCGUUAGACCUCAGGAAAUGUAUUUAGUUUGAUGUAGAUUCUCUGUGUGUUUCAGAUCCGGUCAUUGAUAUCAGCUGUGUGACCAAUGGGGAUCUGGACAGCAUGACCUGUAGGUGGAACAACCUACCUGUAGGUGGAAUCAACUUCCUGUCCAGGUAAACACUACUUACAGCAUUGGGCACAUACACCUCUACAACCUACACCUCUACAACCUACACAUACACCUCUACAACCUACACCUCUACAACCUACAACCUACACAUACACCUCUACAACCUACACAUACACCUCUACAACCUACACCUCUACAACCUACACAAACACCUCUACAACCUACACAUACACCUCCACAACCUACACCUCCACAACCUACACCUCUACAACCUACACAUACACCUCUACAACCUACACCUCUACAACCUACACAUACACCUCUACAACCUACACCUCUACAACCUACACCUCUACAACCUACACCUCUACAACCUACACCCUACACAUACACCUCUACAACCUACACCUCCACAACCUACACCUCCACAACCUACACCUCCACAACCUACAACCUACACAUACACCUCUACAACCUACACCUCCACAACCUACACCUCCACAACCUACAACCUACACAUACACCUCUACAACCUACACAUACACCUCUACAACCUACACAUACACCUCUACAACCUACACAUACACCUCCACAACCUACACCUCCACAACCUACACCUCACAACCUACACAUACACCUACAACUACACAUACACCUCACAACACAAACACAACCUACACCUACACAUACACCUCUACAACCUACACAUACACCUCUACAACCUACACAUACACCUCUACAACCUACACAUACACCUCUACAACCUACACAUACACUUCUACAACCUACACAUACACCUGUACACGUACAGUACCAGUAAAAAGUUUGGACACACCUACUCAUUCAUGGGUUUUUCUUUAUUUUGACUAUUUUCUACAUUGUAGAAUAAUAGUGAAGACAUCAAAACUAUGAAAUAACACAUAUGGAAUCAAUUAGUAACCAAAAAAGUGUUAAACAAAUCAAAAUAUAUUUUAUAUUUGAGAUUCUUCAAAGUAGCCACCCUUUGCCUUGAUGACAGCUUUGCACACUCUUGGCAUUCUUUCAACCAGCUUCAUGAGGAAUACUUUUCCAACAGUCUUGAAGGAGUUCCCACAUAUGCUGAGCACUUGUUGGCUGAUUUUCCUUCACUCUGCUGUCCAACUCAUCCCAAACCAUCUGAAUUGGGUUGAGGUCGGGGGAUUGUGGAGGCCAGGUCAUCUGAUGCAGCAGUCCAUCACUCUCCUAGGUCAAAUAGCCCUUACACAGCCUGGAGGUGUGUUUGGGGUCAUUGUCCUGUUGAAAAACAAAUGAUAGUCCAACUAAGUGAAAACCAGAUGGGAUGGUGUAUCACUGCAGAAUGCUGUGUUAGCCAUGCUGGUUAAGUGUGCCUUGAAUUCUAAAUAAAUCACUGACAGUGUCACCAGCAAAGCACCCCCACACCAUCACACCACCUCCUUCGUACUUCACGGUGGGAACCACACAUGCUGAGAUCAUCCGUUCACCUACUCUGCAUCUCACAAAGACACGGCGGUUGGAACCAAAAAUCUCAAAUUUGGACUCAUAGGACAGAUUUCCACUGGUCUGAUGUCCAUUGCUCGUGUUUCUUGGCCCAAACAAGUCUCUUCUUAUUAUUGGUGUCCUUUAGUAGUGUUUUUUUUGCAGCAAUUCGACCAUGAAGGCCUGAUUCAAACAGUCUCCUCUGAACAGUUGAUGUUGAGAUGUGUCUGUUACUUGAACUCUGUGAAUCAUUUAUUUGGGCUGCAAUUUCUGAGGCUGGUCCUCAUGAGAGCCAGUUUCAUCAUAGCGCUUGAUGGUUUUUGCGACUGCACACUUGAAAUGUUCCGUAUUGACUGACCUUCAUGUAUUAAAGUAAUGAUAGACUGUCGUUUCUCUUUGCUUAUUUGAGCUGUUCUUGCCAUAAUAUGGACUUGGUCUUUUACCAAAUAGGGCUAUCUUCUGUAUACCACCCCUACCUUGUCACAACACAACUGAUUGGCUCAAACGCAUUAAGAAGGAAAGAAAUUCCACAAAUUAACUUUUAACAAGGCACACCUGUUAAUUGUAAUGCAUUCCAGGUGACUACCUCAUGAAGCUGGUUGAGAGAAUGCCAAGAGUAUGCAAAGCUGUCAUCAAGGCAAAGGGUGGCUACUUUGAAGAAUCUCAAAUAUAACAUAUAUUUUGAUUUGUUUAACACUUUUUUUGGUUAAUACAUGAUUGAAUAUGUGUUAUUUCAUAGUUUUGAUGCCUUCACUAUUAUUAUACAAUGUAGAAAAUAUUAAAAAUAAAGAAAAAUCCUGGAAUGAGUAGAUGUGUCCAAACUUUUGACUGGUACUGUAUUGUUAAAGUGACUAUUGGUUAUCUUAUGAUUAAAAGCAGUGUAUUAGAGCAUUUGAAAUACAGGAGGAUCUUAUAUUUGGCUCUUUGUUAAAGAUGCAUUAUACAUAAAUUGCUCUGACAUUUCCUGGUUGAUACGAUUUUAAUAGUUUGCCAAACAGGCAAAGCGAUAUGUGCACAAUAUCUAAGGAAGUCUCAAGGUUUUGCUCGUCUGAGGUAGAGUAUCUCAUGAUAAGCUGUAGACCACACCAUCUUUUUUAUAUCUUUUUUUAUUUUAUUUCACCUUUAUUUAACCAGGUAAGCCAGUUGAGAACAAGUUCUCAUUUACAACUGCGACCUGGCCAAGAUAAAGCAAAGCAGUGCGAUAAAAACAACAACACAGAGUUACAUAUGGGGUAACCAAAACAUAAAGUCAAAGAUACAACAGAACAUAUUGCAGCUUUAAAUGUUGACACCUUUUCAGUGUCUCUGCUUGGUGUCUCUGAUGUAUUCCUAAGAAAUACAGAGUGGGAGUUGGUUCAGGAUCAUGGAACAAUACAGAACAGAUUUAACCCCCUCAAGUGCAGCCUGGUGUCUAAGACUAGGCGUAACAUAGUAAAUGUAAGUCCGGGACACUCAAAUUAGAAUGAUAUGUGACCGACCACCUCGAUUCAGUCUUAUGUUGCGAAAUUUGAAAUUUGUGUUUUUGCCAUUGGAUAAAAGUAGAGACUCAGAGCUUCAAAAUGGUAGAUCGUACACUGCAGUUGAGGAACAAUGGGAAAGUAAUCCUGCUUUGAAAGUUGAUAAAGUUGUUACCCCAUUUUCGAGAAAAUGGCUCUUGAAUGUUUUGGUACACCUACUGGAGAGAUCUUCUUUGUCUACCCAUCUCUUUAAGGAUUCACAUGUAAUACCAUGUGCUAAUUAGAGUGAGUAAGGUAGUGUAGUAAACAACCAAAGAUUUCAAGACUAAAAGUGGUGAAAGUAGUAGCCUGCAAUAAGAAAAAAAAACAGGUAAAAAUACACUUUAUCUAGUCCUAUAUCCUAAGCUGACUUUGGUGUAGGUCGUGUUGUUCUUCACAUUACCAUCUCUGGUAAACACACACUAUAUCAAAUAAAAUCAAACUAUGUGUCACAUGCACAGGAUACAGAAGGUGUAAAUGGUGCUCUGAAAUGGGUUCAGAUGCAAAUAUUUUAUACAUAUUUUACCCAGACACACUUGUAUAAAUUGAUGGGUCAUGUGAAAUAAAUGCUAUAAUGAGCUAGCUAAACAAUGAACCAUAAUCCCAACCUAUACAAUACUACUAGCACUACAAACAGAUUGUCAUAGCUAGCCACCAUGCAUACAAUGCAAAGGGCUUUCUGAGAUACAAAUAAUAUUACUACACAGAUCAUACAUGUAACGUUAGCUAGCGAGCCAGCAUGCUAACGUUUGGUAGCUAGCUAACAGUACGCUUUAACUUGCAAUUAAAAUUCUAACAAAAUUAGAAACGUGUAUCUGAAAAUGUAGCUAGACUUACCCGUAUACAUGGAUGAAUGCUUCACGGCAGACUAGAAGGCCUUUACCUAAGUACGUCCUGUAUUGUUUCCAUUUUGUUUGUACAGCUUGUUUGGCCCGCAUUGUCUCAAGUCACUUCGGUUUACACUGACCGUGUGCAGAAAAUAGUCCAUCACAACUUUUUCCACACUGAUCUUUGUUGAUAGCGCCUGCUAAAUUCAGGGCAGCAAUGUUGUUAGAGCAGUAGCAACACUUUUGCAGUUCUCUAUGGCUAAUGUUAUAUAUUUAAUAAAUGCUGCGGUAGCAAGGAUUAUCUACACAUACUGAGCAGCUCAUGUUAUAGAAAGACUCAUGCUACAUGGCAGACCAAUCCAAACUCCUCUCUCGGCAUGUCCAGCCCACGAUUAUCUCAGCCAAUCAUGUCUAGUGGGAAGGUUCCUGUCUUUUUCAUAAUUUAACAAUUGUAUUCAUAUUUACAGAUGGCAUGCAAGUUUGUUAUUAAGGCACAUGAAUGUUCACAUGUUCCAGAAGGCAUUUCUGCCCAAACAAAACGCAUUUUGAUAAAUAUAUUUUCUUUUUACAUUCAAGUGCCUUCUCUGUGAAGUAGUGACGUGGACAUAAGCCUAACUUUCUGAAACGGGUUACAUGAGACAGUUUGCAAUUCGUAACAAAUUGUACGAAUUGCAAUUCGUAACAAAUCGUACGAAUUGCAAUUGGUACUGGAACAUAUCAUACGAAAUGUAUGAUGGACAUCCACAAAUUAACAUUAACAUCCCAUACGAAACGUAACAUAUAAUACUAAAUGGAGAGACAGAUAUACUUUACUAUGUUACAUCUACCCCUGAGUGCAGGUUGUCAAGCAAAAUGUAAAUGACUGUGUGUGUGUAAUUUGUGAAUUAUUGCUGUGAUUUCAAAACUCAGGCAGUGAAAGGAAGUGUAGAAGUUUAGACUUGUUGCAUACCAUAGACUAUGAUAUAGAUCAUACAUACCCAGAAGUGGUAAGGGCGUUUUCACCCUGACGUUCUUUGUGUGUAUGCGUGUGUGUGUCUGUUAAAUUCUCCAGGGUGGCCGACCUGUCCUGUGACGUCAUGGAGGAGGCGGAGAGGGUGGGCGGGCCAGUGGGUGUGGUCAGGCAGGCGAAGUGUGAAUCCAGCAGCUCUAGGGGAGUGAAGAGCUGCAAUCUGCAGCCAAUCAGAGUGACUUCCUGCUACAAGCUGUGGAUGGAGGCCAAGACAGACAACGGCACGAGGUCACAUCCUGUCUACAUCACACCUAUGGAACACGGUGAGUUAGGACCAGUAUAGGAGUUCUGGUCUUGUUACAUUUAUUUUCUUACAUGUUGUGGCUUUUUGGAACCUACAGCACCUGUAUGUGUUAAUAAUAAUAAUAAGUCUUUUUUUCUUUUCUUUUUUUUUUUACAUUUUAUAUAGCUUUCAGUCUGCUUGACCAGGCUACAUAAUGACUGUCCUCUCCCUUCCUUGCCUCUCCCCUUCUAGUGAAGCCCCAUCCUCCCUCAGGCCUUGAGGCAGUAAGCAUGCCCAGUGGGGUCCUAAAGCUGGCGUGGGUGCCCCCAGAACUGCCCCUCUACGAUAUGCAGUACCAGGUCCGCUAUGCCCUCUCCACUGGCAGGGCCCAUCCAUUCUGGCAGGUACGUAGGGCUCUUGCCAUAGUGCUCUGGUCAAAAGUAGUGCACUAUGUAGGGAUCAUCAACUAGAUUCAGCCGCGGUCCGUCUUAUUCAUGAGUGGAUGCUCAGGGGGCCAGAACACAAUUACUAAUAAUUUGUAGACUGCAAAUUGACUGCAUGAAGCCCAAACAGAUAUAAUAUUUCACUAAAACAUAAUAAUUUCAAACCUUGCUUGCAUUCGUAUACGAUCAGAUAUAUCUCUCUAUUAUGCGUGGGAAUACUUUGGAACAGAUUUCCAAUAUAAAAAUAAAUUGGAGCUGAUUUGCUGGUGUUUUUACAGUCUUCUAUGUCCAAAUAAAAUCACUGGCGGGCCAAAUCCGGCCCAUGGGCCGCUAGUUGGGGAACCCUGAUGUAGGGUGCCAUUUCGGAUGCAGCCUUGAGCUCAUCUAGAGUGGCAAGGAGGGAGCAACAGGUACAACUGCCUGGCCAUGAGCAUCAGCUGGUCGGGCAUAAAGUCUCACUUUUCUAUCUAUCUCUGAUCUAGGAGUGGCAUUAUUUGCCCUAAAAUACAUGGCAUUUACUGGUGGCUUGAGGCAGAAUACGUUAUUUUAAUAAAACCUCUGAUUUAAAACUUUUGGUGGGCAGAUGAGAAUAUUUAGGUUAAUAUAUUUUCUUUCUAAAAUGUGCCCACUUUCGUUGGGUGCAUGAGUAUUUUGGAAAUCUUUCCUCCAUUCAAAAUGUUUUAAGACAUACAGUAUACACUAUACAUAUGGAAAAUCCCGAGUGGCGCAGUGGUCUAGAGAUCCUGGUUCGAAUCCAGGCUCUGUCGUAGCCGGCCGCGAACGGGAGACCCAUGGGGCGGCGCACAAUUGGCCCAGCGUCGUCCAGGGUAGGUGAGGGAAUGGCCGGCAGGGAUGUAGCUCAGUUGGUAGAGCAUGGUGUUUGCAACGCCAGGGUUAUGGGUUCGAUUCCCACGGGGGGCCAGUAUGAAAAAUAAUGUAUGCACUCACUAACUGUAAGUCGCUCUGGAUAAGAGCGUCUGCUAAAUGACUUAAAUGUAAAAUGGAAAGUGUUCAGACCCCUUGACCUUUUCCACAUUUUGUUACGUUAGUCUUAUUCUAAAAUUGAUUACAAAAAUAUAUACAGUGGGGAAAAAAAGUAUUUAGUCAGCCACCAAUUGUGCAAGUUCUCCCACUUAAAAAGAUGAGACAGGCCUGUAAUUUUCAUCAUAGGUACACGUCAACUAUGACAGACAAAAUGAGAUUUUUUUUCUCCAGAAAAUCACAUUGUAGGAUUUUUAAUGAAUUUAUUUGCAAAUUAUGGUGGAAAAUAAGUAUUUGGUCAAUAACAAAAGUUUCUCAAUACUUUGUUAUAUACCCUUUGUUGGCAAUGACACAGGUCAAACGUUUUCUGUAAGUCUUCACAAGGUUUUCACACACUGUUGCUGGUAUUUUGGCCCAUUCCUCCAUGCAGAUCUCCUCUAGAGCAGUGAUGUUUUGGGGCUGUCGCUGGGCAACACGGACUUUCAACUCCCUCCAAAGAUUUUCUAUGGGGUUGAGAUCUGGAGACUGGCUAGGCCACUCCAGGACCUUGAAAUGCUUCUUACGAAGCCACUCCUUCAUUGCCCGGGCGGUGUGUUUGGGAUCAUUGUCUUGCUGAAAGACCCAGCCACGUUUCAUCUUCAAUGCCCUUGCUGAUGGAAGGAGGUUUUCACUCAAAAUCUCACGAUACAUGGCCCCAUUCAUUCUUUCCUUUACCCGGAUCAGUCGUCCUGGUCCCUUUGCAGAAAAACAGCCCCAAAGCAUGAUGUUUCCACCCCCAUGCUUCACAGUAGGUAUGGUGUUCUUUGGAUGCAACUCAGCAUUCUUUGUCCUCCAAACACGACGAGUUGAGUUUUUUCCAAAAAGUUAUAUUUUGGUUUCAUCUGACCAUAUGACAUUCUCCCAAUCCUCUUCUGGAUCAUCCAAAUGCACUCUAGUAAACUUCAGACGGGCCUGGACAUGUACUGGCUUAAGCAGGGGGACACAUCUGGCACUGCAGGAUUUGAGUCCCUGGCGGCGUAAUGUGUUACUGAUGGUAGGCUUUGUUACUUUGGUCCCAGCUCUCUGCAGGUCAUUCACUAGGUACCCCCGUGUGGUUCUGGGAUUUUUGCUCACCUUUCUUGUGAUCAUUUUGACCCCACGGGGUGAGAUCUUGCAUGGAGCCCCAGAUCGAGGGAGAUUAUCAGUGGUCUUGUAUGUCUUCCAUUUCCUAAUAAUUGCUCCCACAGUUGAUUUCUUCAAACCAAGCUGCUUACCUAUUGCAGAUUCAGUCUUCCCAGCCUGGUGCAGGUCUACAAUUUUGUUUCUGGUGUCCUUUGACAGCUCUUUGGUCUUGGCCAUAGUGGAGUUUGGAGUGUGACUGUUUGAGGUUGUGGACAGAUGUCUUUUAUACAGAUAACAAGUUCAAACAGGUGCCAUUAAUACAGGUAACGAGUGGAGGACAGAGGAGCCUCUUAAAGAAGAAAUUACAGGUCUGUGAGAGCCAGAAAUCUUGCUUGUUUGUAGGUGACCAAAUACUUAUUUUCCACCAUAAUUUGCAAAUAAAUCCUACAAUGUGAUUUUCUGGAUUUUUUUUUCUCAAUUUGUCUGUCAUAGUUGACGUGUACCUAUGAUGAAAAUUACAUGCCUCUCUCAUCUUUUUAAGUGGGAGUACUUGCACAAUUGGUGGCUGACUAAAUACUUUUUUCCCCCACUGUAUAUUCAUCAUCAACGACAAAGCGAAAACAGGUUUUUAGAAAUGUUAGCAAAUGUAUAAAAUAUAAAAACAUAAAUACCUUAUUUACAUAAGUAUUCAGACCAUUUGCUAUGAGACUCAAAAUUGAGCUCAGGUGCAUCCUAUUUCCAUUGAUCAUCUUUGAGAUGUUUCUACAACUUGAUUGAAGUCCACCUGUGGUAAAUUCAAUUGAUUGGACAUGAUUUGGAAAGGCACACACCUGUCUAUAUAAAGUCCCACAGUUGACGGUGCAUGUCAGAGCAAAAACCAAGCCAAGAGGUUGAAGGAAUUGUCCUUGAGCUCCGAGACAGGAUUGUGUCGAGGCACAGAUCUGGAGAAGGGUACCAAAAAAUCUCUGCAGCAUUGAAGGUCCCCAAGAACACAGUGGCCUCCAUCAUUCUUAAAUGGAAGAAAUUUGGAACCAACAAGACUCUUCUUAGAGCUGUCCGCCCUGCCAAACUGAGCAAUCGAGGGAGAAGGGCCUUGAUCAGGGAGGUGACCUAGAACCCGAUGGUCACUCUGACAGAGCUCUAGAGUUCCUCUGUGGAGAUGGGAGAACCUUCCAGAAGAACAACCAUCUCUGCAACACUCCACCAAUCAGGCCUUUAUGGUAGAGACAGAAGCCACUUCUCAGUAAAAGGCACAUGACAGCCUGCUUGGAGUUUGCCAAAUGGCACCUAAAGGACUCUCAGACCAUGAGAAACAAGAUUCUCUUUUCUGAUGAAACCAAGAUUGAACUCUUUGGCCUGAAUGCCAAGCGUCACAUCUGGAGGAAACCUGGCACCAUCCCUAUGGUGAAGCGUGGUGGCAGCAUCAUGCUGUGGGGAUUUUUUUCAGGGACUGGGAGACUAGUCAGGAUUGAGGGAAAGAUGAACGGAGCAAAGUACAGAGAGAUUCUUGAUAUAAACCUGCUCCAGAGCACUCAGGACCUCAGACUGGGGCGAAGGUUCACCUUCCAACAGGACAACGACCCUAAGCACACAGCCAAGACAAUGCAGGAGUGGGUUCGGGACAAGUCUCUGAAUGUCCUUGAGUGGCCCAGCCAGAGCCCAGACUUGAACACAAUCGAACAUCUCUGGAGAUUCCUGAAAAUAGCUGUGCAGUGACGCUCCCCAUCCAACCUGACAGCGCUUGAGAGGAUCUGCAGAGAAGAAUGGGAGAAACUUCCCAAAUACAGGUGUGCGAAGCUUGUAGCGUCAUACCUAAUAAGACUCGAGGCUGUAAUCGCUGCCAUAGGUGCUUCAACUAAGUACUGAGUAAAGGGUCUGAAUACUUAUGGAAAUGUGAUAUUUCAUUUUUUGUAUUUUGAUACAUUUGCAGAAAUGUCUAAAGUUGUUUUUGCUUUGUCAUUUUGGGGUAUUGUGUGUAGAUUGAUGAGGAAAAAAAUCUAUUUAAUCCAUUGUAGAAUAAGGCUGUAACGUAACAAAGUGGAAAAAGUCAAAGGGUCUGAAUGCUUUCCAGACUUUCCAAAAGUCUGUCGACACCCCUUCAAAUUAGUGGAUUCGGCUAUAUCAGCCACACCCGUUGCUGACAGGUGUAUAAAAUCAAACACACAGCCAUGCAGUCUCCAUAGACAAACAUUGGCAUUUACUGAAGGGCUCAGUGACUUUCAACAUGGCACAGUCAUAGGAUGCCAACUUUCCAACAAGUCAGUUCGUCAACUUUCUGACCUGCUAGAGCUGCCCCGGUCAACUGUUAGUGCUGUUAUUGUGAAGUGGAAAUGUCUAGGAGCAACAACGGCUCAGCCGUGAAGUUGUAGGCCACACAAGUUCACAGAACAGGACCGCCGAGUUCUGAAGUGCAUAGCGCGUAGAAAUGCAACCCUCACUAUCGAGUUCCAAACUGCUUCUGGAAGCAAUGUCAGUACAAUAACUGUUCGUCGGGAGCUUCAUGAAAUUGGUUUCCAUGGCCGCACACAAGCAUAAGAUCACCAUGCGUAAUGCCAAGCGUUGGCUUGAGUGGUGUAAAGCUCACCGCCAUUGGACUCUGGAGCAGUGGACUCUGUGGACUCUUGAGUGAUAAAUCAGGCUUCACCAUCUGGCAGUCCAACGGACGGAUCUGGGUUUUGGCGGAUGCCAGGAGACCGCUACCUGCCCGAAUGCAUAGUGCCAACUGUAAAGUUUGGUGGAGGAGGAAUAAUGGUCUUGGGCUGUUUUUCAUGGUUCAGGCUAGGCCCCUUAAUUCCAGUGAAGGGAAAUCUUAAUGCUACAGCAUACAAUUACAUUCUAGACGAUUCUGUGCUUCCAACUUUGUGGCAACAGUUUGCGGAAGGCCCUUUCCUGUUUCAGCAUGACAAUGCCCCCGUGCACAAAGCGAGGUCCAUACAGAAAGGGUUUGUCGAGAUCGGUGUGGAAGAACUUGACUGGCCUGCACAGAGCCCUGACCUCAACCCCAUCGCACACCUUUGGGAUGAAUUGGAACGCCGACUGCGAGCCAGGCUUAAUCGCCCAACAUCAGUGCCCGACCUCACUAAUGCUCUUGUGGCUGAAUGGAAGCAAGUCCCCGCGGCAAUGUUCCAACCUCUAGUGGAAAGCCUUCCCAGAAGAGUGGAGGCUGUUAUAGCAGCAAAGAGGGGACCAACUCCAUAUUAAUGCCCAUGUUUUGGAAUGAGAUGUUCGACGAGCAGGUGUCCACAUAACUUUGUUCAUGUAGUGUAUUUUCCCAAAAUCCGUUCAUUUUUGAGUUAAUGGAUACAUAUUGAUUUAUUUUGAAGCUCUAUUAUUGUAAAAUAUAUUAUUCGGGGUAAAUAUGUGAUUUAAUUGGGAUAUGUUCCACAGGUCCUAGCUCCGCAGACUGAGUUGUGGGCUGAGGUUCCUGAACCAGAUGUGUGUGGGGUGUACAAUGUGCAGGUCCGCUGUGUGCACAUCAACGGCUCCGGGACCUGGAGUGACUGGAGCCACUUGCUCUACACCACCCCUCACAACAGCAGAGGUACUGUCUUCCUCAUCACUUCAUCCAUGUCAUUUCACUUUUAUUUAUACAGGUUAGUCUCAUUGCGAUAAAAAAUCUAUUUUGCAAGAGAGACAUGCAAUGUAUAGAAAAGUUUAUUGCUGAGGUGUUUUGACAACAUUGCUUCGACAAAUUGCCUCUGAAACGCAUCGACAAACUUUUGAACGGAAUUUAGCUGCCGUCUUGAACCUUCCUUUACAUAUGCAGUUUUACAAUGCUAGGACUGAGCACCCCUUCAGCGGUCCAGACAAUAAAAAUACUGGUUAUAGCACCUCCAGCACACCACUACUAUUAAGGUUGAACUUCUUUAUACAAACGUACAGUACAUUAGCUCUCACAACCACAAUUACAUUUACAUUUACAUUUACGUCAUUUAGCAGACGCUCUUAUCCAGAGCAACUUACAAAUUGGUGCAUUCAACUUAUGAUAGCCAGUGGGACAACCACCCUAUUUUUAUUUUUUAAUUGGGGGGGGGGGGGGGUAGAAGGAUUACUUUUAUACUAUUCCAGGUAUUCCUUAAAGAGGUAGGGUUUCAAGUGUUAUCCGGAAGUUGGUCAGUGACUCCGCUGUCCUGGCGUCGUGGGGGAGCUUGUUCCACCAUUGGGGUGCCAGAGCAGCGAAUAGUUUUGACUGGGCUGAGCGGGAACUGUGCUUCCGUAGAGGUAGGGGGGCUAGCAGGCCAGAGGUGGAUGAACGUAGUGCCCUCGUUUGGGUGUAGGGUCUGAUCAGAGCCUGAAGGUAAGGAGGUGCCGUUCCCCUCACAGCUCCGUAGGCAAGCACCAUGGUUUUGUAGUAGAUGCGAGCUUCAACUGGAAGUCAGUGGAGUGUGCGGAGGAGCGGGGUGACAUGAGAGAACUUGGGAAGGUUGAACACCAGAUGGGCUGCAGUGUUCUGGAUAAGUUGUAGGGGUUUAAUGGCACAGGCAGGGAGCCCAGCCAACAGUGAGUUGCAGUAAUCCAGAUGGGAGAUGACAAAUGCCUGGAUUAGGACCUGUGCCGCUUUCUGUGUAGGGUAGGGUCGUACUCUGCGAAUGUUGUAGAGCAUGAACCUACAGGAUCAGGUCACCGCUUUGAUCUUAGCGGAGAACGACAGGGUGUUGUCCAGGGUCACGCCAAGGUUCUUUGCACUCUGGGAGGAGGACACAAUGGAAUUGUCAACCGUCAUGGCGAGAUCAUGGAGCGGGCAGUCCUUCCCCGGGAGGAAGAGCAGCUCCGUCUUGCUGAGGUUCAGCUUUAGGUGGUGAUCCGACAUCCACACUGAUAUGUCUGCCAGACAUGCAGAGAUGCGAUUCGCCACCUGGUUAUCAGAAGGGGGAAAGGAGAUGGGUCAUUUCAAACCCUUCAUUAUCCAUGGUUUGCUGUGUGUAAAACGCUCUUUCUGACCCUGAUCUUAAAUGAGAAGUUUGCUCUUUUACAACCAAAUCUCUAUUUUUGAUCUAAAUGGCAUGUUAUAGAAGGGUCCAGACACUUUUUUGUGAUUUCACUUGUUUUUGAGAAACCUACCCCAACCAGCGAUUCACUUCCUGAUCCUCGUUGUGCGGUAUGGGGGGUCUGAAUAAACAUGAACAAAUGCUCCAAAAACACCCAAAUACGUCCUUUUAGAAACUAAAACUCUCUGUAUAGCGAUGCAGGUCUUUAGACCUUUAUCCGCAACAUUAUAUUCCAUUUUGUGCGACUCAAGCGUUUCCCCUAUCCAGCGGUUCCAUUUUUAUGUGCUAAAUGGCAUAUUAUUAUUAUUAUUAUUAUUAUUAUUAUUAUUAUUAUUAUUAUUAUGUAGCCUGCUGCUAAAUGGAAAAUUACGUUCUGAUAGAAAAUUCAAGCCUCAGUCAUACAGUAGGUACACGUGCACACACACACACACACACACACACACACACACACACACACACACACACAGCUGUAACAUCUAUAUUCUGUUCUCUCAGCUCCUGACCAGGGUCCUGAUUUCUGGCGAGUGUUUCAGGAGGAUCCACCAAGUACGCAGACGAACGUCACUCUUCUCUUCGAGGUACAGUCCAUAGCUUUCAGAGAACACAUUACAUGUCCUACAGUAUGUGGUUUAAAUGUCAACAUCAGAGAGAGUUAGAUUAAUUGAACAGGUGUAUCCUCUCCUUUUAUUACGUCAUUGUUCUUAGUUUAUUCUGAAAAUACUAGAUGAGUCAGCGCAAUAUAGCAGUACUCGGUUGCCUUCCCCAACACCUUUAUCAGAUCAGAGAGUAUAAGGAAGUAGCACAUUGGAUAAUGAAUCCUCGUUAGAGUCCUUGAUAGUCUCUCAACUCUUCCCUCUCCUCUUCCCCAUAGCAUUCCCCCAUAGUGGAGCCAACCUACUGUGUGGAGGCACUUGUAGUACAGCACCAGGACUCUGGGGGCACUGUAACUGAGGAGCAGAUAGGCCUGGUGUCCUCCUAUAGCUUUGAGUGGAGAGGGGAGGUCCACUCUGUGACAGUCAAGGCUCAGAACAGCCAGGGCUCUUCCACUAGGAACACCCACAUGACCCUGGAGAGACACCCCAAACGUAAGUCACUGCUGAAAAAUACACUGAAUGGGAAUGUACUGUAUUUGUAUGGGGCUGAAGGAUUGUUAUACCCAGUACACAGAUUACUAGCAUGCACAGAUUACUAGCAGUCUAAAUAGUUAGUAGUCAGAAAUAAAUAUCUGGAAAAAAAGAAAAUGUUAUUUGAAAACUGCAUGUUUGUUUUCCCAAUUUAAAUAACAUAUAUAUAGUUGGUGGUCUUGCUUUAUGUCAUAGUCAGUUGAAAUGCUAUGUUUCUGACUUCAUGGUCAUCAGUGGGAGAUAACAGGCAUGUUGGUCCCCACUGGGCAUGCUCACUGCCUCAAGGCCCGAGAGGGCGAGGCUUCACUAGAGAGGGAGAGAAGAGGAAGGGUGAGGACAGCGGCAGGUAGCCUAGUGGUUAAGUGCUUUGGGCCAGUAACCAAAAGGUCGCUGGUUUGAAUCCCCGAACAACUAGGUGAAAAAUCUGUCGGUGUGCCCUUGAGCAAGGCACUUAACCCUAAUUGCUCCUGUAAGUCACUCUGGAUACGAGUGUCUGCUAAAUGACUGGCGUCAGUUCAGCUAAACCUAGGGAAUGGCAAAGUGGGGUGUGUAAAAAUACACCCACCAGUUGAAGCUCAUUUACUGUACUUCGACACCAUUUUUUAACUCUAAAAUGCUAUUUGGAGAACAGCGAAAACAAACAUGACAUGGCUAAAGGACAAUCAGACUUGUGAACCUAAUCCUUAGCUGUGUAUUGCCGCUUUCCAUAUUAUCUGUUGUCUGUAGCUUGUGAGGUGUGGAAACAUUUUGUUGCUUUUAUGUAUUUUGUUUUGUUGCUUUUUGUGCUAUUGCUCUGUCUGCGUGCUAGGUGUUGCUUGUCCUAUGUUGCUCUGUCUGUCUGCGUGCUAGGUGUUGCUUGUCCUAUGUUGCUCUGUCUGUCUGCGUGCUAGGUGUUGCUUGUCCUAUGUUGCUCUGUCUGUCUGCGUGCUAGGUGUUGCUUGUCCUAUGUUGCUCUGUCUGUCUGCGUGCUAGGUGUUGCUUGUCCUAUGUUGCUCUGUCUGUCUGCGUGCUAGGUGUUGCUUGUCCUAUGUUGCUCUGUCUGUCUGCGUGCUAGGUGUUGCUUGUCCUAUGUUGCUCUGUCUGUCUGCGUGCUAGGUGUUGCUUGUCCUAUGUUGCUCUGUCUGUCUGCGUGCUAGGUGUUGCUUGUCCUAUGUUGCUCUGUCUGUCUGCGUGCUAGGUGUUGCUUGUCCUAUGUUGCUCUGUCUGUCUGCGUGCUAGGUGUUGCUUGUCCUAUGUUGCUCUGUCUGUCUGCGUGCUAGGUGUUGCUUGUCCUAUGUUGCUCUGUCUGUCUGCGUGCUAGGUGUUGCUUGUCCUAUGUUGCUCUGUCUGUCUGCGUGCUAGGUGUUGCUUGUCCUAUGUUGCUCUGUCUGUCUGCGUGCUAGGUGUUGCUUGUCCUAUGUUGCUCUGUCUGUCUGCGUGCUAGGUGUUGCUUGUCCUAUGUUGCUCUGUCUGUCUGCGUGCUAGGUGUUGCUUGUCCUAUGUUGCUCUGUCUGUCUGCGUGCUAGGUGUUGCUUGUCCUAUGUUGCUCUGUCUGUCUGCGUGCUAGGUGUUGCUUGUCCUACGUUGCUCUGCAUGUGUUCACUGCUCAUUGUUUGGUCUGUAUUGUAAUUGUUUUUAAUAACCUGCCCAGGGACUGCGGUUGAAAAUUAGCCGGUUGGCUAAAACCUGCACUUUUACUGAAACGUUGAUUCAUGUGCACUGUCCCUGUAAAAAGAAACUCAAACAAAAAUGUCCCACAGACAUUAUCACCUCAAUAUUAGCUUUAAAGGUCUGUGGAAUGGCGUCUACAAUGUACUACUCAACCUCAUCAUGCAGUGCAUUCGGAAAGUUUUCAGACCCCUUGACUUUUUCCACAUUUUGUUACGUUACAGCCUUAUUCCAAAACUGAUUAAAUUAUUUCCCCCCCUCAUCAAUCUACACACAAUACCCCAAAAUGACAAAGCAAAAACUGGUUUGUAGAAAUGUUUGCAAAUGUAUUAACAAUAGAAAACUGAAAUAUCACAUUUACAUAAGUACUCAGUACUUUGUUGAAGCACCUUUGGCAGCGAUUACAGCCUUGAGUCUUCUUGGGUAUGACGCUACAAGCUUGGCACACCUGUAUUUGGGGAGUUUCUCCCAUUCCUCUCUGCAGGUUGGAUGGGCAGUGUUGCUGCAUAGCUAUUUCCAGGUCUCUCCAGAGAUGUUCGAUCGGGAUCAAGUCCGGGUUCUGGUUGGGCCACUCAAGGACAUUCAGAGACUUGUCCCGAAGCCACUCCUGUGUUAUCUUGGCUGUGUGCUUAGGGUCGUUGUCCUGUUGGAAGGUGAACCUUCACCCCAGUCUGAGGUCCUGAGUGCUCUGGAGCAGGUUUUCAUCAAGGAUCUCUCUGUACUUUGCUCCGUUCAUCUUUCCCUCGAUCCUGACUAGUCUCCCAGUCCCUGCUGCUGAAAAACAUCCCCACAGCAUGAUGCUGCCACCACCAUGCUUCACCGUAGGGAUGGCGCCAGGUUUUCUCCAGAUGUGACGCUUGGCAUUCAGGCCAAAGAGUUCAAUCUUGGUUUCAUCAGACCAGAGAAUGUUGUUUCUCAUGGUCUGAGAGUUCUUUAGGUGCCUUUUUGGCAAACUCCAAGCGGGCUGUCAUGUGCCUUUUUUACUGAGGAGUGGCUUCCGUCUGGCCACUCUACCAUAAAGGCCUGAUUGGUGUAGUGCUGCAGAGAUGAUUGUCCUUCAAGUUGUAGAAACAUCUCAAGGAUGAUCAAUGGAAACAGGAUGCACCUGAGCUCAAUUUCGAGUCUCAUAGCAAAGGGUCUGAAUACUUAUGUAAAUAAGGUGUUUUUGUUUUUUUAUAAAUGUGCAAAAAUUUAUAAAAACCUUUUUUCGCAUUGUCAUUAUGGGGUAUUGUGUGUAGAUUGAUGAGGAUUUUUAUUUUAUUUAAUCAAUUUUAGAAUAAGGUUGUAACGUAACAAUGUGGAAAAAGUGAAGGGGUCCGAAUGCACAUAGGCUACAUUGACUCAUUUAGCCAACUUGUGGAACAGUGCAUACAGGGCAACAUGAAAUAGAUGCAUAAUACACGCUAUCAAGGGUGACUUCAAAUACAUACAUCAAUGUGAAAGUAACUGGAGCAUAAAACAGCUGACUGCGAAUGCAAACUAUGCCAGAUAAAUCCUACACACGCAUUGAAAUAAAAGGCAUACGUCAAAGGAAUUACUUAGGCCUACAAAGGACGCAUAAAGACAAACAAACUCAACCAAGGAAUGAAGAAAAAUCUACACAUUUAAGGCCACGCCCGUGAUUCAGUACCGCUAAAUGGACAGCGCCUCCGUACAGGUAGGGAUAGUGGAGCUCCGUGGGGUGUGGCUGAAUGGACAGCGUUAGCCAGUUAGGAGGAGGCUAUUCAGUUUGUGGGCAGUUAGACAUUUUCUGGGCACAGUUGAGUAGCCUACAAUGCUAAUAUGAAAAUCAUAACUGGCACGCAGAUCUUUAGAAAUUGUAGGAUCAAUUGUAAAUUCUCACUCAUAUGAAAAAGGUUGCAGCCCCCCUGCUAUAAGCUAUAUGAAGGGGAAUGCACACAUACAGUGUUCUAUGACAGUGUCAUUGUCUUGUGCGCUUCCCACCAAAAUGUUUGCGCUGCAUUCAGAGAUGUUCCUUUAUAAUGUGUGCGCCCAGCUCAUUUUUGCGGCAUGUUUUUAUUUUGGGCGCGCUACAGAAGUCUAUAUCGAACCACUAAUACAGGACUGGUAGAGGCCCAGUGCACUACCUUUGUGAAAAACAUUUUUUCCAAUCAUAUUUUUCAGGGGGUGCUGCAGCACCCUUUGGCUGUGGGCCGGAGAGAGAGGGUGCCAUGAAUCUUUAUCUUGUCAGUGUCAGUAAUUGGUUUCUCUCUCUACGACACGAUGUUUAUCGUUUAGGUUCAUGUUUAUAGCCCUGUUUAUAUCUGUGUUAUAGUAGUGUAAUAUCAUGCUUAUUCAUUCAUGUUUGGAUAGCUUAUUUAUAUUAUAUAAUUAUUACACUUUACUGUUAUGUUGUGCAUGUUCUUGCCUUUAUAGAAACACAAUUAAUUCAGUUUAACACAAUAACUAUUCCACCAAGAUGAAUUCCCAGUCAAGAUCCAUGGUAUAUAAUCAAAGUGUGUGUGUUGGUGAAGAGGCAAAAUAAACAAAACCCUGAAAAGAGAAGCAUCAGCAUUGUUCUUACCGGAAGUCCUGUAGAGGGUCAGAACACACAUCAGUCAUCAUAAGUGUACUAGCCGGUGAGGGCAUGCCAGCCAACCGUUUUUACAUGAAUAGAAAAUAUAAACAUGUAAUUUUUAUUCCUCUCUAUCACUCUCUCCCCCUUUCCUUCCACCUCUCUCUCUCUCGUCCACCCUUUUCCGUCCCUCCCUCCCUCUCUCCAGGUCAGUGUGUGCGUUCGUUCAGUGCAUCCCGUGUGAACAGUAGUUGUGUGGUCCUGUUGUGGUCUCUGCAGCCUAACAGCAAUGUACCGUGGUCCCUGGUCGUAGAGUGGUCGGGUCAGAACCACCAGGACAGACAGGGCCAGACCCCAGAGGGCAGGGAGAGGUGGACCAGGUUCCCCCCUACUGACAAGCUCCUCUACCUAUAUGGUAUGUACAUUUACUUCCUGUUAUACCUCUCCGUCUCAUUUCCCCUCUCAUUUCCCCUCUCAUUUCCCCUCUCAUUUCCCCUCUCAUUCUCUUUCAUUCUUUCGCUUUCUUUAACGAAUUGGAGGCGAAAGAUUUACGGCUCCUCCUGGACCAGGCCCAAAUCCCCGUAAUUUGCAUGAAGAGGAGACGCCGAUACAGGGGGCGCAGAUCCGGGUGCUUGGUGAGAAUUUGUUGCGAGUGGAUAAUCGGCCUUUACCAUCUGUCCUACUGGGGAACGUGCAAUCACUGGAGAAUAAACUGGGUGAGCUCCGUUUGAGACUAUCUUACAAACGGGACAUUAAAAACUGUAAUAUCUUAUGUUUCACCGAGUCGUGGCUGAACGAGGACAUGGAUAAUACACAGUUGGCUGGGUUUUCCGUGCAUCGGCAAGACAGAACAGCGACCUCCGGUAAGACGAGGGGUGGUGGUCUGUGUCAACAACAGCUGGUGCGCAAUCUCUAGUAUUAAGGAAGUCUCAAGGUUUUGCUCGCCUGAGGUAGAGUACCUCAUGAUAAGCUGUAGAGCACACUAUUUACCAGGAGAGUUUACCACCGCAAACCGAUGCAGGCACUAAGACCACACUCAACAAGCUGUAUAAGGCCAUAAGUAAAAUAGAGAAUGCUCACCCAGGAGCGGCGCUCCUAGUGGCCAGGGACUUUAAUGCAGGAAAACUUAAAUCCGUUUUACCUCAUUUUUACCAGCAACCAGAGGAAAAUAAACUCUGGUCCACCUUUACUCCACACACAGAGACGCGUACAAAGCUCUCCUUCGCCCUCCAUUUGGCAAAUCUGACCAUAAUAUAUCCUGAUUCCUGAUUACAAGCAAAAACUAAAGCAGGAAGUACCAGUGACUCGCUCAAUACGGAAGUGGUCAGAUGACGUGGAUGCUAAGCUACAGGACUGUUUUGCUACCACAGACUGGAAUAUGUUCUGGGAUUCUUCAGAUAGCAUUGAGGAGUUUACCACAUUAGUCACUGGCUUCAUUAAUAAAUGCAUCGACGACGUCAUCCCGACAGUGACCGUACAUAUCCCAACCAGAAGCCAUGGAUUACAGGCAACAUCCGCACUGAGCUAAAGGCUAGAACUGCCGCUUUCAAGGAGCGGGAUAACAAAAACCCUUAUAAUAAUAUAAUAUAAUAUAAUAUAAUAUGCCAUUUAGCAGACGCUUUUAUCCAAAGCGACUUACAGUCAUGCGUGCAUACAUUUUUUGUAAGAAAUCCCCCUAUGCCCUCCGACGAACCAUCAAACAGGCAAAGCUUCAAUACAUAACUAAGAUUGAAUCCUACUACACCGGCUCUGACGCUCGUCGGAUGUGGCAGGGCUUGCAAACUAUUACGGAUUACAAAGGGAAACCCAGCCGCGAGCAGCCCAGUGACGCGAGCCUACAAGACGAGCUAAAUACCUUCUAUGCUUGCUUCGAGGCAAGCCCCACUGAACCAUGCAUGAGAGCACCAGCUGUUCUGGACGACUGUGUGAUCAUACUCUCCAUAGCCGAUGUAAGUACGACCUUUAAACAGGUCAAAAUUUACCAGGACGCGUACUCGGAGCAUGCGCUGACCAACUGGCAAGUGUCUUCACUGACAUUUUCAUCCUCUCACUGACCGAGUCUGUAAUGCCUACAUGUUUCAAGCAGACUACCAUAGUCCCUGUGCCCAAGAACGCCAAGGUAACCUGUCUAAAUGACUACCGCCCCAUGGCACUCACAUCUGUAGCCAUGAAGUGCUUUGAAAGGCUGGUCAUGGCUCACAUCAACACCAUCAACACCAUCAUCCCAGAAACCCUAGACCCACUACAAUUCGCAUACCGCCCCAACAGAUCCACAGAUGACACAAUCUCUAUUGUACUCCACACUGCCGUUUCCCACUUGGACAAAAGGAAUACCUAUGUGAGAAUGCUGUUCGUUGACUACAGCUCAGGAUUCAACACCAUAGUGCCCUCAAAGCUCAUCACUAAGCUAAGGAUCCUGGGACUAAACACCUCCCUCUUCAACUGGAUCCUAGACAUCCUGACGAGCCGCCCCCAGGUGGUAGGCAACAAAACAUCUGCCACGCUGAUCCUCAAUGGGGUGCGUUCUUAGUCCCCUCCUGUACACCCUGUUCACCCACGACUAAGUGGCCACGCACGACUCCAACACCAUCAUUAAGUUUGCCGACGACACAACAGUGGUAGGCCUGAUCACCGAAAAACAAUGAGACAGCCUACAGGGAGGAGGUCAGAGACCUGGCCGUGUGGUGCCAGGACAACAACCUCUCCCUCAAUGUGAGCAAGACAAAAGAGCUGAUCAUGCACUACAGGAAAAGGGGGGCUAAGCAUGCCCCCAUUCACAUCGACGUGGCUGUAGUGGAGCGGGUCGAGAACUUCAAGUUCCUUUGCUUCCACAUCACCAACAAACUAUCAUGGUCCAAACACACCAAGACAUUAGUGAAGAGGGCAUGACAACACCUUUUCCCCCUCAGGAGACUGAAAAGAUUUGGCCUGGGACCUCAGAUCCUCAAAAAGUUCUACAGCUGCACUAUCGAGAGCAUCCUGACUGGUUGCAUCACCACCUCGUAUGGCAACUGCUUGGAGUCCGACCACAAGGCGCUACAGAGGGUACUGCAUACAGCCCAGUACAUCACUGGGGCCAAUCUUCCUGCCAUCCAGGACCUCUAUACCAGGCGGUGUCAGAGGAAGGCCCAAAAAUUGUCAAAGACUCAAGCCACCCUAGUCAUAGACUGUUCUCUCUGUUACCGGACAGCAAGCGGUACCGGAGCGCCAAGUCUAGGUCCAAAAGGCUCCUUAACAGCUUCUACCCCAAGCCAUAAGACUGCUAAACAGUUAAUCAAAUGGCUACCCGGACUAUUUGCAUUGACCCCCUUUUUUACGCUGCUGCUACUCGCUGUUUAUUAUCUAUGCAUAGUCACUUUACCCCUACCUACAUGUACACUAGCUCAAUUACCUUGACUAACCUGUACCCCAGCACAUUGACUUGGUACCAGUACCCCCCUGUAUAUAGCCUUGUUAUUGUUAUUUUAUUGUUACUUUUUUAAACAAAUAUUUCGCAGAACAAAUUCUGCAUUGUUGGUGAUGGGCUUGUAAUUAAGCAUUUCACGUUUGUAUUCGGCGCAUGUGACAAAACAUUUGAUUUGAUCUGAUGAAUACCUCUCUUUAAUCUUUCUGAUUACUUCUCUCCCUGGGUCACCUUCUCUUUCACAACACUCAGUUCCGUGAAUCAAUGUUAUUCUAGAUUGAUCUAGAAGGACAUUAAUAAACCCACAAAAACACUGCAGGACAAUUGAUCUGGACAUCUGGUCAAACUGUGGCACUUCAAUCCGUAUGAAGUUCCAGUUUGAGAGGUUGUUGGCUGUGAGGUUCUGGCGCCCUCUAGUGAGAGUUUAUAGACAUGGUUGAAUCUGUUCUAAUCUGAGCCUCUUUCUCUGUGACUAUAUAUGGUUCAGUCUGUUCUAAUCUGAGCCGCUCUCUUUUCUGUGACUUUAUAUGGUUCAGUCUGUUCUAAUCUGAGCCUCUCUCUGUUCUCUGACUAUAUUUCCCAGGUCAUUUCUAUGACUCUGAUGAGUACGAGUUUAUUUUGUAUCCAGUGUUUGCGGAUGGAGAAGGAGAGCCAGUGUAUACUAAAGGUAAGCCCUCCCUCAAGAUAGGAACAUAAAAUACACCCGGCCAAAAAUAUGUCUCGAUGGCUGCUUUUACACAGGCAGCCCAAUUCUGAUAUUUUUCCAAUUAUUGGUCUUUUGACCAAUCAGAUCCUUAUACAAUAAUUGGACAAAAGAUCAGAAUUGGGCUGCCUAUGUAAAUGCAGCCUAUGUAUUUGGCAUAUGAGUAUGGAUUAUGUUUAUUUUGUAUAUUGCAGCACUGACAUGCAUGCAUCUAUAAUAUAAGUCAUAUGUUCACAUUUUUUGAGUGCCAAUUCUAUAAGGGUGUUUAAUACAUUUCCUCUAGGGUUAUGUAUUGGUGUCAAUAUGAAUGUGAUCCAAUGUGGAUGGAUUGAUUGACUGAUAGACUUACCCAGGGUGUUGUCCUGUCCUCCAGUCUUUAGGGGGGGUGAAGCUGGGCCUGCAGCCUACAUGCUUCUGAUGAUCAUCGCCUUCCUCGCCAUCGUCCUCUUCGUCACCCUGGUCAUAUCCCAAAACCAGUAAGAUUAUAUUUCUCAUCAUUAUUGAAUAUAGUUUAAAGUUCAAUCAUUUGACAAUCAACUGUAUAUACUGCUAACAGAUUUUUGCUCAGUCGUAGACACACAAUAGCAGUGGUGUAUUCUGUUCUAUUGCAGUGGUGUAUUCUGUUCUAUAGCAGUGGUGUAUUCUGUUCUAUAGCAGUGGUGUAUUCUGUUCUAUAGCAGUGGUGUAUUCUGUUCUAUAGCAGUGGUGUGUUCUGUUCUAUUGCAGUGGUGUAUUCUGUUCCAUAGCAGUGGUGUAUUCUGUUCCAUAGCAGUGGUGUGUUCUGUUCUAUUGCAGUGGUGUGUUCUGUUCUAUUGCAGUGGUGUAUUUACAGAAAGCACUUUUGGACUGUGUCUGACAUUAAGAAAGAGAGGAACAAUGGUUUUGGCCUCUGGGCAGGUGGUGAAGACUAAAGUGGUGAUUCCAGGUGGUUAUUGAUCUGAGGAACACAGUCAGACACAUUGAUUAGGAGUGGAAUUAGAGUAUACGUGACAUUUCAACAAUGUACAGAAUGUCCUCAGGGUUCAAUUACUAUGGUGAUUGGCUGAAUGUGUUCUGAGAAAGAGGGAGAAAUGGAGAAAGGGGGUGAGAUGGGGGCAGAGAGAGAGGAGAGAAGGGGAGGGAGAGAUAGGGCUGGGAGGUAUACCGUAUUUUACUAUAUACCAUUAUUGGGGCGGCAGAUAGCUUAGUGGUUAAGAGCGUUGUGCCAGUAACCGAAAGGUCGCUUGUUCUAAUCCCCGAGCCGACUAGGUGAAAUAUCUGUCUGUGCCCUUGAGCAAGGCACUUAACCCUAAUUGCUCCUGUAAGUCGCUCUGGAUAAGAGUGUCUGCUAAAUGACUAAAAUGUAUUGAUGCACGGACCUGUUUAGGUUUUUACUUUACCUUCUACAGUGAGGGGGAAAAAAGUAUUUGAUCCCCUGCUGAUUUUGUACGUUUGCCCACUGACAAAGACAUGAUCAGUCUAUAAUUUUAAUGGUAGGUUUAUUUGAACAGUGAGGGACAGAAUAAGCGUCAGCCUCGAAACCUUAAUGACUUGGAGAAGAUCUGCAAAGAGGAGUGGAACAAAAUCCCUCCUGAGAUGUGUGCAAACCUGGUGACCAACUACAAGAAACGUCUGACCUCUGUGAUUGCCAACAAGGGUUUUGCCACCAAGUACUAAGUAAUGUUUUGCAGAGGGGUAAAAUACUUAUUUCCCUAAUUAAAAUGCAAAUCAAUUUAUUACAUUUUUGACAUGCGUUUUUCUGGAUUUUUUUGUUGUUAUUCUGUCUCUCACUGUUCAAAUAGACCUACCAUUAAAAUUAUAGACUAAUCAUUUCUUUGUCAGUGGGCAAACGUACAAAAUCAGCAGGGGAUCAAAUACUUUUUUCCCUCACUGUUUAACGGUAUUUGAAUGUUUGGUUUGUUAAUGUGAUAUGCUGUGUGUAACGUCCAUUUUUAUAGUUUACACGCUACUUCAGUCAUCCCUCUCAGCUCUCUCUCUCCAUGCCGCUUUCCACACAGACCUAGUCUCGCCCCCUGUCACUCAAGGAGAGCAUUUGUUGUUGCUUGACCACGAGACACUUGCGUUCAGUCUACAUGGUCCAUAGAGCCCCACAAUGGAGGUGUUAUAAUACCCAUAAAACCUUGCGGUCAAACAGGGAAAUGGUUCCAAUCGUUUUUCCACCAUUCACUUUUCCCAUAGGGGAUUUAAAAAAGACUUAACAAGGGCUGUGUUUUGUGUAGGCUUAACCUGGCGUGACGUUUUGAUAACCAUGUAAAUCUCUCUAGGACACCUCCCUGGUCACCUUUUAUCAAUAUAGGUUCUUGGUCACCUCCCUGACCAAGGACCUUCUCCCCCGAUUGCUCAGUUUGGCCGGGCGGGCCAGCUCUAGGAAGAGUCUUGGUGGUUCCAAACUUCUUCCAUUUUAGAAUGAUGGACCCCACUGUGUUCUUGGGGACCUUCAAUGCUGCAGAAUAUUUUUGGUAUCCUUCUCCAGAUCUGUGCCUCGCCACAAUCCUGUCUCAGAGCUCUACGGACAAUUCCUUCGACCUCGUGGCUUGGUUUUUGCUCUGACAUGCACUGUCAACUAUGGGACCUUAUAUAGAUAGGUGUGUGCCUUUCCAAAUCUUGUCCAAUCAAUUGAUUUUAGCACAGGUGGAUUCCAAUCAAGUUGUAGAAACAUCUCAAGGAUGAUCAAUGGAAACAGCAUGCACCUGAGCACAAUUUCGAGUCUCAUAGCAAAGGGUCUGAAUACCUAUGUAAAUAAGGUAUUAGUUAUAUAUUUUUUAAUAAAUGUGCAAAAAUAUCUAAACCUGUUUUCGCUUUGUCAUAACGGGGUAGUGUGUUUAGAUUGAGGAAAAUAAUUAAUUAAAUCCAUUUUAGAAUAAGGCUGUAACGUAACAAAAUGUGGGGAACGGGUCUGAAUACUUUUCGAAUGCACUGUAUGCGUUGUCACCCUAGGGUCACGCACUAUUCAUGAAGCAAAUUUAGAACUUGUAUUAUCCAAAAACAUAAAAUACUGUUAAAUACCGUCAUAACAUCUUUUUUAAAUACAGUGAUAUGAUAUUUUGGCCAUAUCGCCCAUCCCUAGGGAGAGACCGACAGAGAGAGUAGAGAGAGAGCGAGUUUGAGACUGAGAGGCUCCAUACCUUGUUGUUAAAUUCUAUUCUGUCUGAAUCCCAGCAUGAAGAAGUUUAUGUGGAAGGAUGUUCCCAACCCCAACAACUGUUCCUGGGCUCAGGGGAUUGACUUCAGGAAGGUGAGGUGUACAGAAAUACUACUCCACACACACUUACCCAUGAAUACACACUUAAAGAUAUAGCAGGCUACUCAUACAGUAAGAGACCAUAGAGACAAAAAAGUACAUGUGCUGUAUAGGACAGCUUGCUGCAGUAUUAAUAAAGUACUAUUUCAUCUUAUUCACUGUAUUUGGCAGGCCAGUUCACCUUGCUGUGGUCCUAACUCUCCUCCUCUCUUCUUGUCCAGGCUGACACUAUGGAGCAGUUGUUCCGCCAACCAGAGGGCCUGCCAGUCUGGCCACUACUCCUCGUCUCAGAGACCAUUUCCCAGGCUACCAUUGUGGAGAAGACUGGGCUCCCUACGUCAGGCCCAGACAAGGACCUGAUCCCAGCCUCCUCCCCAGCUCUCUGUGUGGACUCAGAGGUGCCUGGGAUACCGGAGGAGGAGACCCUCCAACUCCCAGAUCUCCCCAGGAGUUUGGAGAGCUCAGCCCAGCCAUCAGUGACCUACGCCACCGUGCUUCUCUCUGACAACCCCCACCGCCUCUACAAGCAGGAGGGCAGCCUCAGCAGCUCCAGCGACGAGGGCAACUUCUCCGGCAACAACUCCGACAUCUCUGGCUCCUUCCCCGGAGGUCUGUGGGAGCUGGAUAAUUCCCAUUCCCGAGCCGGAGAGUCGGACCUGGACCCACGGCGUUCCUGCUCUUACAACUCUGUGGAGGAGUUUUCUGAGACGUCAGAACAGGAGGAUGAGGCCCUGGGAGGAGAGAAGGAUGGGGGGAUGGAGGGGAUUGAGGAGAAGGACCUGUAUUACCUGGGGAUGGGCUGUCAGGAGGAGAGUGAGGGAGAGGAGGGAGAGGAGGAGGAGACGGAGGAACACACAGGGGCUAUGCUUCUCAAAGAGGUGAUGGUUCUGGGGAGAGAGGGCUCGUCCGUUGAGUCCAACCCUUUGCUCGGGCGUCAGAACUCUAUGUUUAGUGAGUCCAGUGACGAGGGGUCGGUGGUGGGGAUGAGGAUCGUCCCCCUCUAUCUCCCCCAGUUCAGAACUGCUCCCUCCAGGCAGCUCAAAGCACAGGACAGCGCCCGCCAGCUG